AUGAAGUUCAAGAAGUUAACAAGGGUCUCUGUUGGUGUAACCUGCUUCGCAAUUUUGGUUCAAACUGUAUUUUGUCGUUUAUACAUUGGAACGAAUACACAGUUCUGCUGUGAAAAGACUGUAAACUCAAGUGGCUUCCGCUGCUGGAAUAAAACAGUAAAGGAAAAUGGCGUACAGGGUGCGAGGAAAUUCGACAACUGUUCUCAACAUGAGAAUGAAAAAGCAUGCUUUAAUGUCACUGAGAUGCAUUCUUGUCCACAGAAUCAUAGUUCUACUCUCCCUGUGCAGGAAAAAAGACAAAUUCACAUUGGAGCGUUUGUUCCAUUCCUAAAAGAUGACACAUACGGACAUUUUACAGCGAUGAAAAUGGCCAUUGAUAUAAUAAACAAUCGAACUGAUAUUCUAGAUAAUUACACUCUGGUGCUGGACUCUGAAGAUACAAUUUGGGUAAGUGCAUGAUACUUUAUUGAUAUGAAUCACUUCACUGAGGAUGAUUUUGAUGGGUCAUUCUUGUAAGACGGACUUAACAAUUACUUCUAAAAUCUUCUUGUUAGGAAGAACACGAAGAGCGCUCAGACCAUUUGUACGGAAAAUCCGAUAAUUCCGGGAGUAGUUAUGCUUCAGCAAACUUAACCGGAUUUAGGUAUAGGUAUAGGUAUAGGUAAAAACCCCAAGUGAGAACCUUGACGUAUUACUAUAAAAAAACAAAACAAUUAAUAACUUAACGAAGAUCAGUUAAAACACACGACUAAUAAAACCAGACACGUUUCUUAAGACACGAGAAAUCAACUUUAUGAUCCUUUAAUAGUAGAACUAUAAACCAUCAUGGCGGCCGGUCGCCUCAUUUGGUCGCUCCGGCUUUUUGUCCUUUUCAUUCUCGUAUGCAAGGUUAGGUGUUCAACAGGAACAAGAAAUUGCCAUAUAACGGCCACUUGUAGGCUGAGAAAAAAGUUUUUUAGUCGUGUAAUCCAUUACCCUCCAAACUGAGAUGCUGGCUAUAAUCCAUGUGAAAUUCCACUCGACUGUAUUCAUCCGAACCCAGGACCUGUGAAGAACCCCUGUGUACACUGCAAAAGAGCAAUUGUCGACUCAAAUUCAAAUUUCACAUUAAAUGUGGUGGAAUUACAGUCAAGAAACAUUUGCUCAUGGUUUCUGGUAACAAAAGUUGGACCUGUCAACCAUGUUAUUUGAAAUUUAUGCAGGAACUUCCAUUUCACUCCGCAUCAUCGAACUCUUCGCAGGCGGAAAAUUUAAAUCUGUCUGCUGUUUCUGAAGUAUCAGAACAAGUGGCGGAUGUACGGGAAGACUUUUCAUUUUUGAGGAAGGAGUAUCGCAAGGAAUUUAACAUCGCUUCUUACAAUAUAAACAGCCUGCAAAGCAAAUUUGUAGAGGUUAAGGAAUGGCUCGAUCAGCUAGUGUUCGAUGUAUUAGCAAUUCAAGAGACCAAGAUUGAUCGAACAUAUCCCAAUUCCCAGUUUCAGGUUGAGCACUAUAAGGCAGUGAAAGAGCGUUUCACUAAAUUAUGCGAAGAAACGCAUGGAAAUCAGAGGACAUUUUGGGGUACCAUUUCACCAUAUAUUAAUUCACGUAAAAAAGUAAAUAUCGGCCGGAUAAUAUGGGACUUUGAAUGCAUAUUCUACUGGUUUUGAUGCUAACAGUGCGAAUUACACCUCCAUCCCCGAUAUUGAUGUAUAUGUAUGUAGGGUAUGCGCGGGUUCUUACAGUUUUGUCCGAGCGGUCCUGGGUCCGAGUUUGUAACCGAGCGAGGGUUUGAACCAGAGUGAGUGGAGCCUGGACCCGAAUCAUACACGUGGGAUCGCGUGUGGAGGAGUGUCACGUGAUCAAGAAUCUCGUGCGAUUCGCGUACUUAAUAUUAAGGUUCGUGUUAUAGUGUGAGUUAGGGUUUUUCUUCAAGCUAAAGUCGGGUGAGGGUUCGUGUGCUAAUCGGAAAAAAAAACGGAUACCUAUGUUCGAAAAUUCAUUCAAUAGUAGUGAGGGUAGAACGGGUUUAUAUUUGUCAACAAAUCGUCCAUAGCAGAAAUGUGGAUUAAACAUAAACAGUCAUCCUUUUCGAACAACGCAUGCGCACGACUAAUUCAGAAUUAAUUUCACUUAGGAAAAUUAGUGUAAAAUUCUCGUUAGUAUUCCCGCUUGUCACGCUUGAGACCUUUUCCACACCAAGGAGAGUAAUUUUGAAACGACAACACUUAUUCACGCUGAAAAAGUAUAUUCUCCAACAAAGCUUUACAGUACCGGAAGCUGUUCACUCUAACAAGCAAAAAUCGCUCAGGUAAAACAUGCUAAUUUCCUUCGACUUACCAAACGUGUUUCUUUGAAUUUAAACAAUGAAAAAGUAAUCAAUCCUAUCUAUAAAUUUAUAAUCCAAAGCAAGGGAGUAAAUUCAUUUUUCAGGCGAAUAAAGUAUAUUUUCAAACACGUUUACUCAAGUAAAAGCAAAGGCAAUAAUGUUUAUUGGUCUGAAUCAAAAUAGCCAUGCGGAUACGUCUUGAACGUCUUCGGGUCUACCAUGCGCUUAUUAAAGACCAAUCUAUAAUUUUUGUACUGAGGAAACGUGUACAGCUCGUAGCGCUUCGCAUUUCGUUCAAUCUGAUAGGUUUUCACCACUUGGGUUUCACGCGGCUGUUCCAGUGGGUGUCGCACUUCUGCCAACACGUUCUUCUUCAUUACGUCAUAAUUUAACUGUUCGUGUCCUUCACUGUUCAAUGAAAUCCGCGCACUUUACAACAAACUUUCCCUUUUUUAGUCGUGUACCCAUAAUUCUUGGGCCCUCCGGAGACAAUUCUGCAAUGUAGUCAUCUCCAUCGAGCCUACUUCCUACUUCCUAUUCUCCCAAUGAUUGACUGAGCUGAGGAUUGGGUUGACCCGGUUCGCUGACAAACAUAACUGAGUCCGUGUCAAAAUACAGACAGCUUUCUUGCGAUAAUUCUAAGGCUUCGUAGAGAUGUAAUCGCGCCCACCAGGUUGUGAAACAAGCCACAAAAAUAUUCACAUACACCGCUGGCAAAUCAUCUCCGUCUGUUUUCUUGAAGUAGACUUCCACCACAUCGUCCGUCACCACAUUAAUCGAUCCGACAUCGAUUUUGUCCGAGUCCAAAAACUCCGUCAGUUUGCGGUGUUCGGUGAAAUCUUUGAUUCGGGUCUUGUUGAGGGCUUAUCCGAACUUCCCCCACAUGUUGUUCAAAGAAAUCUUCACCUCACUUCUUAAUCCAAGAUUAUAUUCCAUCUUGUCUACUUCGAGCAGGAUCCCCUCAUUUGCAUAAUAAGCUUUGAUGAAGGCCGCUUUCUCUUCCGGUUUUCCGGUCCAGCUCGCUUCUUCUUUAAUCUUUAACCAUGUGUUGAUAUAGUCUCUGAAUAGAGCUGUUGGUCUUUCUGGGAAAUGCCACACUUCAUCGACAGACCACAGGUCGUACCCCAUUUCCAACGAUUUCAUAAUUUCAGGCGUACACCAUGUUCCAUGCAACACGCACUCCUCUUCCGUGUGAUGACACGCCGCUAGUUUCUCGUUGAGCGGUUUCGCCAUUUCUUCUUGCACGCCGGCAGAGCGGGAAGGUCAGUUUACCUUGAUCGCGAUAAGGUAACACAGGAUGAUACAAUUCUGUGGGAGGGAGAAUGGUGCAUUUGGCCAAUCCAAAAUACUCCCCGAACGUACUGGGAUCCUAAAGCCAGUCUUUUUUGCAGUUGAGUACCAGGCCCCGCGAAUUGAUAUCCGCCUGACAAAUGAAACUCUCUGCCCGUUUUGGAUAAAAGUUUUUGAAUAUCCAAUCCUCUACCGCGCUGUCGUCUGAUACGGUUUUUUCGUCGCCCGCGUCUUGCGUGUACUUUUCGUUUGCUCGUCAUAAUCCAAUAUGCGUUUCAAUGGGGUGUUGUUCCAAGGUUCCCAAACAUAAGCUGCUUUUAUUUUCUUGGAGGAGGGAGCUGAAGGCAAUACGCGUUUUUUACCGGUCACAGUGGAGGCAGGUGUGAAAUGAAUGCUUGCCAGUUUGAGCUUGAGUUAAUAGGUUUUUUGAGAGAAGACGUACUUGGGUUAUCCACAGAGGAUGGUGGCCUGAUAGGCGAUAGCGGCAGGGAUGGCGCGACGGAACUAGGAGUAACAGGUUCUUUCUUGACUAAUGUUUUGACUAAAUUGAGUAAAGGACCUGAACUUAAAUCAUUGACUUCAUUCUCCUCCAAACUGAGGGGUAACGCGCUUUUUGUGUCCAAGUAUCUACUUUUUGACGUAAAUCACGUACCAUCGUCGCUUUUAAACCAUCGGGUAAAAUAGAAUUAAGGAUCGCUUCACGGUUGGCCACUUCCUGGGCUGCUUUCGUAAUGAUAUUGUUCUCCGAUAAAGAUUGUUUAUGUUUUGAAUCAGAGCGUCCAACUCGGACGGGCUAACCAAACACUUUUUUUCAAAACUCAUGUUGUUUCAAUCCAAUACAGUAAGGACAAAUAAUUACGACAGCUAGAACGUAUGAGGCGUAUAAGAGGUCUUGUUGCUUUGUCAUGUCAAUCAAUUGUUGUUGUAAUGUGUUAGUGGUUUUUUUCCUGACAGGCAAUCAAGACUCUUUGUGCGUUAACUUGAGCGUUUGAUUCCUGUAACAAUUUGAUGAGAUCAGCCAUCCCUUAUUCCUCCACUUCUGUUGUUUUGACCCCUCGGCAUUUUAUCCACCACUUUGUUUGCUUUGGCUUUCAUGAGCGGAUUAAUAUACGUUUGGAAAAUCUAUUACGUCAUCGCGGGCAAGUCCAAUCUUGUUCAACACACUGUGUCAUAACCCGAACAUGAAUUGGUGACAAUGUUCCAUAGAUGCGCUUCCAAAGUUUGCGCGGUGUUUUGAAUACGAGCUAGUGAUGUUAAAACAUGGUUGGGUAUGCAACAGCGCUGACAUUCUAUAGUUAGCACUAUCAAUAACCGUUCCAACACAGACAAAAUAGUUUGAAUUUCUUGCUCCAUCGUUUGUAUCUGUAAACAUGUCUCCGUCUUUUUUUUCUAACAUUUCCAAUAAAAUGUUGACGACAGAUAAUAUGGACUCUAUUGUUUGAGACUUGUUAUACAUUUGGUUUUCAGUCCUUCCCAAAAGCCACGACCUAUUUUAUUCAUCAAGAGAGUGCGACGAGCUUUUAUAGGUUGACUCCGUUUACCCAACGUGUGUAACAUAGUAGCAAAAGGUUGUAACUGCUUUUUGGUGUAGUGACGCAUAGGGAUGUUGCCUUUUAGCAGAUUUAACGCCAGUACACUUAAUGCAUUGAUUUGAUCUUCAUUUGCAUGUUGUAAGCGUUCUUGUCUAAGAUGAUCAUUUUUUUUUCGCGUAACACGCUUUCUACAAAAGGACGUUGUCUCUGAAGUGGAUGCAUGCUUAACGUUUAUAGUGGCGGACAUUAUCUCGGAUCCCUUUUAUAGCUUGUUUUCCUAAUAAGAUCUCUAAUUUAGGAAAGGAGGGAGACGGUCCGCUUAAAAACAUGGCGGCGCCUUCUAAAAUAUUAUCCACAGUCCGAGGCUUACGUCGAUUCAAUGCUCCUCCUUUUUGUUGUUUUCUCUUUACUUUUUUUAUCCCUUUUUUCGAAAGUUUUACACACGUUACCACUUUAGGUGCAUGUUUGAGACUUAACCGAACUCCUUUCAAGAUCACGGGUAACGCAGUCGCCACAGUUGCAGCGGUAGCGAAACUCGUCCUCUUACAAGGCGCAAAAUCCGUGAUUAAAUCUUCCGCGGUUUGUUGUUUGAUUAAAAAUCCUGUCAAUUCAGUCGGUACAACCCCUCUAACAAACUUACGUAAUUCUAUUAAGGUUUUUUCAUGAUUGGUGUAAGCAAAGCGAGAUAUUUCUUCUUUUCGAGCCGUGUUUCGAACAUCAACCCACCCUUUCACCAACACUCCAAGGGUUGUUAGCAAUGUCACCAACCAGCUCAACGCUAAAUUAUUGCCAGCAAUCACACCACACAAGGUUAGUAACAAAGCCAUUCCAUUAAAACAGGCGUUGAUUUUCUUAAAAUGUUGAUAAUGUUUGCGACACAAAUAUUGACGAUGGUAAUAACGAAACUACUUUUCCAAUUCAAACAACAUCUCUUUAGGGGCUUGGAUUGUGCGAAUAGUUCCAUUCAAUAAAGAGACAUGUAAUUUAGACAUGUAUUUGUUCAUAAACAACGGCGGGAAAAUCUUUGUCUAAGAUAUUAUUGGUCCACAGCCCAUAUCGAUCGUCCAAGGCUGGAUGCAAAUCGAGCCAGAAAUAACCAAAAGGUUGCUGUGUCGCUUCUUGAAACAACGUCAACGCUUCUUGCCAAAGACUGGAAAAUGCUUGCAGUAAGACCGUUCUUAUACCUGUUUUGUCUCGUGGAUUUUUAAAGACUGUCAUAUAAUGGGUAUUUCGAUUCAUGGUUUUAGCAUAUUUACCGGCCGGAAAAAGAUCUUGGAUCAAAUAACAGACCCUAAUGUUUGAAUGAUGUGAAUGUUUCGUAAAAAUAUCCACUACCAACUCAUCAUUCCCGCAAGAUCGCAUCAAAUCAUCGAUCACUAACAGACGCCUUUGCGUAGGAGUAAAGCACGUUUUAAGAUCGUCUAACGUAGGCACUCCUUCACGAAAAUGAAUGAUCUUGUUUUUUCAUCUCAUCAAACAAAGGCUGAUACGAGCCAUAACAAUAAUGUUGAUUAGGGGGGCACACUCGUUGAAGUUGACGUAAUAAAUGUUGCGUAAAAUAAAUUUUGCCCGAACCGGAGGCGCCCGUAAUCAGAAUUCGAGUAGGGAUUCGUAUCAUAAUGUUAGUUGGUUUUAGUACAUACACAAAUGAGCCCCCAUAGGUUAGAAGCCUCCUUGAUAAAACUCUCACUAAUACGAUCUUUUAUAUGGCUUUCGGGACAAGUGUGAAAUAAAUAUGUAUGGAGCCUGUCAAAUCCAACCGUUCAGCAUAUUGUCUCAAUUGUUCAUAAUGAUGAUAAACCCAGGUAUCCCCAAAACAAUCCUGAGGAUUUAUGACUAAAGCCCAAUAUUCCAUUUCUUUUAACAAUUGGAUGGAUUUUUGAACCGUAAGUGUGCACAUGAUAAAAUGAAAAGGGAAGGUGUAAAGACAAGGACUUGUAUACACACAAACAAAAGUUUACACUUUUUUUAUUUUGACAUAUUUGACACCCAGGUCUUACAACAAUGUUUUCUAGUAACAAACCUAUUUUAUGAUCAUUGCUUACAAAAUCAUGAGAAGAAACUUGUUCUAAAAAAUCUUGUAAUGACAAUCCUCUGGCUUUGGCUUUUAAAUAAAGCUAAGCAUAAUGCCCACAGGCCGCACAGUUCAUGGCUUGAAUAUGUUGAUUGUUUCCAAUCAACGUUUUUUUAGCAAUCCAUGCCUGCAAGUCUCUCGCUUCAUACAUGCUGACCGGUAACCCAUAACUAUCCAUGAUUUCACACACUUGAUUCUCCCACCAUAGUCCUAACCAAUGUUUCCCUGAUUCACUUUGAGGAUCUGUAUUCAAAAUAAGCCCUUUUUGACCUCUAGGUUUAGGUAAUUCAUCGGAGGCAUAGACACCUCCAAAGACUCUUUUUAAACAAGGAUCUUGACGCGCUAAAUCCAGUAAUGUUUGGGUGGAUAACGGAACAAUAUCCAUUGUUUAAAUCACACCUCCGCGAUGAUCCACUUCAAUCACUUGUUCAAACUCUCCAAAGACAAUGACUGUUAAAUUCUGGUUGACAGCAGCCGCAAACUCAAUUUCAAUUCUUACAUCACCUGUCAGAGGGAGGUUUCUUAGGGAUGAGUCGUCAUCGCCUGAGGGGACGUUGUUCCAGAAGUAAAGUGUACAAUAUCGUCCCUGACCUCUAUCUGAAGGUUUAAUCAUGGUGCUACGUCCUUUAAUAGUUUUGGCGAGUCAUGAGCAUGCAAUGAUAGCCUGCAUAAUCCUUGGUUUCAUCUGUUACAUUCAAUUCUAGGGUAGAAUAAGGUCUUUCUUCAUUUCCAAUCAUUUGCUUCAUUGGAGUAACUCCAAAUUUUUGGAAACAGAUGGGGUGAUACCCUAGAUCCCCAUUAAACGCCUCUGAAAGAACCAACCUCCACAAUGGUACGAUCUGGGGUCCUGCCGGGGAAAAGAUUCGCCUCCUAUCAUCUGGUGGUGUUUCCUGGGAAGGUAAACGUUCUGCUUUCACUGGUCGUGGCCAAAUACGUGAUCCAUUUGCCUUUCACACGAUAUUUGGCCAAACUGUUGUAGAGGGUAGGGUUUAGCAUAGGUCUGGACAAAUAGAGACUCACACUGAUAUCAUCAUUGGUAACAGUGAUUUGUUUUUUAGCAGUAAUAUUGCUUUCCCAUGGGAAGAAAUUAGGACUGUUUAAAUAAAAUUUCAAUCCUUGCUUGACUCCAGGUGCUAACAUAUUUUCCUGUAUAAAACAUCGCUAGAUGAAGGCGAAUCAUCAAGGGUACAACUUUAUUGCUGUUAAAUUUUUGGUGGCUUCUUUCAGAGCAAAGGAAUCUGCAUGCUUGUAUCCAGUUUUGGUAAUUUUAUCAUCUGUAUCACUUGUUCUGGUUAAGGAGGGUAUUAAUUUGGAUUAAUUUGUUGCCCAUUCAAGGCCAUGGUGAUGUUUUUAAAGAUAGAAUGAGACAAAUUAUUGACUUGGUAGACAUAUUUCGUUGCUGUGUUAUCAGAGGCAGCAUCAUCUCCAUCAGAAAGUCCAGGUGUACUGGCGACGGUUUUCAGGCGUAGAUCAAUUUGCACAUAACUUUGAGUGGAUUCUAUAAUGAUGGGCCCGACUUCAGAAAUCACAUCUUCUUUUAAUCCACGACCACACAUAGCUGGCGUGUGGUACCUCCGUAGACUUCCGCCACGCAUCGGUGAGUGCGUAUGAAACUUAUGUUACGGAACGUUUGGAAUCUUGUGAUCAAGGCCAACUUUUAUACCUGUCUAAACAAGACGGUCAGGAAUGUUUUUCCGUGAUCCAACUCCACCAUAGAACCAUCAUUUUCUCGUAAAUGUGUUUCAAUUGUUUCGAGAGAUAAUGUUGCAAUCGGCAAGGAACCCACGGAAUGUGUUUGGGUUCAAAAUAUAGGGUGCCUUGUUGCAAUUGCUGUCUAUUACAAUGGGCUUCUGCUAAAAGAUAUGGCUCUGAACCUAGUCGGAAUACACUAAUAUAAUGGACGAGAGACGAGUCACUGCUUCCUCAAAACAGGGAUCCAAAUUACAAAACACCCAAUCCACCAUCAAGGAAAUUUGAGGCCAUUGAUGUGAACUGACUUGAAUCAUAUCUUUGUUAUUACUGUAAAAUUCCGUCCUGGUAAUAGCAUUAAAACGUUUGCUACUAUUAUCGCAGGGUAAACGAAAGUUUAAAUUGGUCGGGUUUGGGUAAUAUUUAUCCCCCACUUUCAUUACCCAUUUCAUGUUCAAGGCCAAAUCAAUGGCGAUAUUAAAUCGGAUAGGACAAUUCUUGAUAUCCUAUAGGGCCUUGUUUUCUACAACAAAAUCAUGCCCUUCCCAGUGAGCGGUGCCUGACGCGCUUUGCAUCUUGUCCAUAAUAGGGAGCGAGUUGUGUUUGAAUAGCAGUUUGCACACUGCUAUCGAAAUGCUGUUUUAAAUUUUUCAUCAUGAGCAUACCAUUGCUGACCUCUAAUAACUCUGAGGUGCCAUAAACGCUUGACAUCCUAACUGAGUAUUGCUCCCAACUUCGUGGAUACAAAAUGCAAAGACUAUAGGUUUUUGACUUGUGCUCAAUAGAGCAUUAUGUCUAUGACUAGUCGCGGGCAUACUAAGCGAGUAAAGCACCACUUCCCCACCAUUCCCAGCCAGAUGUAAGGGGGUCGGUAGGCGUACUUUAAAAGAAUAGUUUUAAUUGUCAGGAUAUUCAGGCGUUUUAUCACUCACUAGUACGACACUCUGCAUGUUUGUAAAAGUGAGGUGUUGAUGGUUGAGGUUCCUUCUAUUUAAACUUUUAUGAACACGAGAUUGGCAAUGGUUUUACCCGCAUCCAAUUGAAGAAAUUCACCAUUGUUUUUAGCAAUUUCAAUUUCAGUCGUUUCCACAAAAUGCUUCCGACACGGUACCCAUUGCAAAUGCGUUGGUUCAAAAUACAUGAUACCUUCAAGGGUUCUUUCACAAUACACUUCUCUCAACAAGUUGGUUUUCUGCUCUCCCAUUAUUUGACUUUGUAGUAAACCAGAGUGGACUAAAGAGACGGUAGAGACUUGGGACACGGCUCUUUGAAAGAGGCAUCUAAAUUUCGAAAAACCCAUUCCAUGGUAAGGAAAAGAUAGAUAUAAUUGCCCAACACUUUGUAGACUUGUUGUCGUCCAAAUUCUGUCCGUUGAACUCUGUUAUAUUGAUUAGUGGCAUCUUCAUAAGGUAAACGAAAUAACAGUUUGGUUCCACUGGUCUGUAUGUUGUUAUUUUUUAUUUCAAACCACCCCAUUUUAACAGCAAAAUGUUUUUUCAAUACGAAAUUCUAACCCACAAGCCUGUAUUUGGUUAUAGCUUUUACAGUGGAGUAUAAAUUCACCCCUAUUCCAUCUGGCAGUAAUGUUAUCACUUAGGAAAAAAUAAUAUGGUCUGCCCCCACUUGAAAGAGCAAAGUGUUGAGUCACUAAAUGUUGUUCGCUAUCGAUACGAUGUUUUAAGAUUGUCAUUAAAUGAAUGCCACUGGUUGCGAUACGGGCUUCUUGAUUCGGGAUAUAACCUUCCCAUUGUAAUACUUGACUGUCGUCGAGUUGUAGACUACACCCUGUGAAUUGAAACGGCCAUGUCACAUCAUCGUUGUGCAAUCCGGAGGUGUCUCUAUCACGAGGGUUUGGGAAAGUGAUAGAAUGAAAGGCUAUUUCCCACGUUCCGUUCUCUAACUGCAGGGGGGCUGGAAAACGUACUUUAAAAUGGUUGUUCUUGUUAUCGGGAGAUUCAGGAGUCGUACUACUUUCUAACACCACACGUAACAUUUUGAUAUUAAAAAUGAUCUUUUAUUCAACUGAGUCACUUUUAAAUUACAAGAUCUGAUUUCGAAUCAAUGAAUCGUAAUCCCGACUAAAUCCCUUCCAGCGCAUUUUGAGUUGAUUGCGUUUUCGCGCCAAGACUUUUUCAACCCGGAAUAAUUGAUCGUCUACAUUCACUUUCUGUAGUUCUUGUUUGUAAAAACUACCUUCAAUAGGGGUCCCGUUCCAUUCUGUAAUCUCUUAGGUAUUGACCACCCCAGGAAUCACUUGACUAACUAAAAGGACUUCCUCGGUCCAUUGUGGCAAAUAGGAUUCAUCAAACACUUUUUGUUUUUUACUCAAUCGCACACGAUCCCCCACUUGAAAGAUAGGUUUUUGUCGCUUGGCCUUGAUCCGUUUUCGAUACAAAUUCAACCACACUUGUCGUUCAUUCUUAGCAUUCACAUCUUUGGGCGACAUUUUAAUACUUCGAUGAGUGGUAGAAUUAUAGUCUUUUACAAGAGCCGGUAAAACGUCUAAAUAAUGCAAUGAAUUAGCGGCGGUGAGGUAGCGGUAUAAGCGUUGUUUAAAUGUACGAUUGAACCGUUCCACGACAGCGGCUGUGUCUCCUUUGGUAGAAAAUAAAUGAAUCUGAUGUUUUUUCAACAAGGCUCUAAAUGUUACGUUUUUGAACUCAUGGCCGUCGUCGCUUUGAAUCGUCAAAGGAAUUUGUCCACUCUGUUUUAAUGCCGUAGCAAAAGCUUUGGUGACUUCUUUCUGAGACUUGUUUCUCAAAGGUACUACCCAAACAAAUUUCGAAAGAACAUCAUUGACGCUUAAUAAAUAACGGGUCUUUUUAUUCCAUUUGGCUAGCUGACCCACUUCCAUUAAAUCAAAAACACACUGCUGAUUGAUAGAUAACACCAUCACGGGUUCCGUAGGAUAAUGGAGGCAGCGAGGCUUAUGUAAUGUAUAACUCGGUAGUGAUUGCAAUAGUCGUUGCGCUUCUCGGGUGGAGAGUUUGUUUGCUUUCGCAAAGGGUCGAACCCCACCAAGACUUCCUGCUUGUUUGGGGUUUUCGUACUUCUGUUGGCUUGAUUUCAUGGUGUGAUACAAUGACAGAUGAAUCCUUAUAGUCUGUUGUUAUACCAAUUCAGUACAGCCAAAAGAGAAGGGAUCUGGUCGAGAAAAGAAUGUUGUAGAAUCAAAAACUAUAGAUAGCCUGCUUGAUACCCAUGACUCCUCCUCAACCAAUUGAUAUACACGAUAAAUCGUCCCUUAUUUGAUACACCCGUGGCUUGAAAUAGUUGUAUGGGGCAAUAACGUACAGGAGGUAUCUUUAAUCCUUCACCUUGAGCUAUCCAUGUAAAGAUUCCCCAAAGAAUAUAAGACCUCAUAUUGAUUUAAAAUGUGUUUAUUACGGAUCAAAAACAACUCUAUUUAUAACAAACCGUUUUUCUUUUAUCUUAAGUUCUGACAUCGUUGUAUUUUAUCACUUUUAAUGUAUUAAAAACGUGCAGGUUCAAACAAGUUACGUCUAGAAUAAACUGCUAAGUUUAUCACAAUUCCCUACUAAUUGUAUGCAUUACUCUCGGCCCGUUUCUCCUCCGGAAUCACCAAAGUAGACGGUUUGAGCUUCUUUAUCCGUGGCUUGUUCUUCUAUUGUUCUGUAAAAAGAACAACGGCUGGAAGUAGGUUGGACUUCUUUUUCCAGUAAGAAGUGGUCAAUCAGACGUUUCAGGUGUACUUUAGGCUUCCGCAAACUGACCGCAUUCCUGUGCAUACUUCAUAUAAUACCCCUUUAAGGUUUGGUAGGCUUCAGGAGUUCUACCGAGACUUUUGUGAUGCUCAUAAGCGGGACGAAUGCAUUCUCGAAAUCUAAGCCCUUGGAAAUGAUCUGGACUACAGAUUGAAUUUAUACAAUUCUCUACAACCACGAAUCCUUCUUCUCGUAAGGGCACUUUGAAUUCUUCAAUGGGCGGGAAAAAGAGUAAACCACUGUCCACAGCAGGUGCUGUCGUCGGUUCUUUAGAACUCAUGGAGAUAGGUUGUAAUAAUUCUUUUUCUUUAGGAUGAAGAGGGCUGUCCACCAAUUGGAAAAAUCAACUGUUUCCAUGUCGUGAGGUGAGAAGCACGCUGUUCUUGUUUUUGGCAGUCCGGCUCAUUCUCAGGACGGUUUGGGUGCCAGCCACAUCUUUCAACUGGUCCCACUGGCCUUGUACUUCUGGAUGAGUGUAAUUAUUACAGAAUUGGAGUAUUUCUAAUAUACUUCCUUCCUCCGCAAAGAUGUGACUGAGGGCAAUAAAAAUACCCUUUUAAAUUCCCUUCACGUUCGAACUUCAAGGUUUAUUGCGGAUAAAAUGAACAGACAAGGAGUGAAUAGGCUCCUGCUGGUUCUACUGGAGUAGGUGGUUCUGUGGGAGAAGGACUGGGGAGAGGUUCUGUCUGAAUCCCUUGAUCAAUGGUCUUCUCUGUUUGGGUAGCCUCAACCUUUGUUCGUGCUGCUUGAAUCAUUUGCUUUAAUGCUUCUUCCAUUUUCAAGUCUUCUUUCUUCUUUUUCUUGGCUGCUUCUGUCUUCUCAGAGAUGUCACGUUUUUUAACCAUCGUGAUGUUUUGAUAUUCUACGGUAGUAUAAAACCAGUUACACCCGCUUUACUUGUUUUUUUCUACUUGCCCAAACCUGCCUUAUGACGGCAUGCAUAAUGCCCUUGCCCAAACUUGUCCUAUGAUGAUAAAAGCCAAGUGGUUAUUUUAUUGGUGCCACAAACUUGACAUGUUCCACUUGUCUCCUAGCUUCAGGCUAUUCACAAGAUUAUUUUCAAGAAAAUUUCCCUUCGGUGAAUGUGUUAUUCAUCGCUUUCGAUUUAUUUUUUUUUUUAACUCAAGGAUAUCCAGGAUCGUUUACAGCAAAAGUUUACUUGUCCUAAACUACAAUUGUGUGAUUAUUGUAGGCGAGCCCAUUAUUUACUAUGGCUGAAAAAACGACUACCCUACUUCAUUGUUUUGGACGAGGCCAGAAAAUGAAUCGUAUGGCGGAAAUGUAUGGAACAGGUAGUGGACUAUGUUCUCUGUGAGUGUUGUGAAGAAGCAGUGCAUGAAGCUUGUACGAAAGGAGAGGGAUUGAGUUAUGUUCCUGAUCGCUGUAAUACAGAAAAUGUUUCCGGUAUGAGGUGUCGUGAUUCCAGCAAUAUUUUUCAGGACAAAGACUGUGAAGAAGGAAAUGAUCGCUACCCCUUACAAAUUGAUCAGGUGGCUAAACUAAAGGAAGAGAAUGAACGGUUGAAAAUAUAGAUACAGUUCUUUGGUUAUUGACUUUAACCAUAGUUGGUCCUAAAGGAACCGUUAGUAGCUCCUAAAAAGAGCUGUUAAUUUAUUUUUCCAGCACGGUGAGCAUUUCGAUCAGGCGAUUCUGUUCUGUUAUACACUUUCUCAACAGGAGUUCUCUUGAAUGCUUCAAAUGUCUAUUAUGGACUCCUGCCAGGAAAUUUCUAUCUUACCGUACUUUUCCAACGAGGGGCCGCUUGGAUUCUACGGGUGUGGAAUCCACCAAAUUAUUGACGGGUAGAUCUCACUCGACUUCUUGAAGGGCUUUUUCCAGGGUAGCUUCCAUGAUGAACAUCUGAUGAGUAGAGAUGCUCUUAGUCUCUUUUUAUAGUGUUUCAUUUGCAUACGGUACAUGGUAGUAAAUAAGACGGCCACGUGAACCAUGAAGUCGGUGCGCCAAGGUUAAAAUACUUCAUCACUACUUCACCGCUUUGACGGUAAAAACUGCGUCGGCAACGUCUUAGCUUUUUACCGCUCUGUUUGGGACGGUAAAAUUGAUAUCUAAACAAACUAUCACUUCAAAAAGUAAGUUGUUUGUAUGUUUUUGAUCAGAGCGUUUGAGAAGAUAUUUUGUCGAGUGAAAAAAAUGACUUUGCCUCCUUGCUUUGGACUAUAAAUAGGAUUGAUUACUUUUUCGUUGCUUGAAUCCAAAUAAAAUGAUUGUUAAGUCGAAGGAAUUAGCAUGUUUUGCCUGAGUGAUUUUUGCUUGCUAGGGUGAAUUGCUUGCUUGCGUUGUUGUGUAAACCACUUUUGAUUUGAAAAUAUACUUUUUCAGCAUGAAUAAGUGUUGUUAUUUCAAUUGCUCUCCUUGGCGUGGAAUAAGUCUCAAGCGUGACAAGCGGUAAUACUAACGAGAAUUCUACACUAAUUUUCCUAAGUGAAAUUAAUUCUGAAUUGGUCGUGCGCACGCGUUGUUUGAAAAGGAUGACUGUGUAUGUUUGUCCCACAUGUCUUCCAUGGACGAUUUGUUGACAAAUAUAAACCCGCUCUACCAUAGCUACUAUUGAAUGAGUUUCCGAACAUAGAUUACCGUUUUUGUUCCGAUCAGCACACGAAUCCUCACCCGACUAUAGCUCAAAGAAAAACCCUAACUCACCCUAUAGCACGAACCUUAACCCUAAGUAUGCGAAUCAUGCGCGAUUCUUGAUCACAUGACAAACCUCCACACGCGAUCCCACGGGUCCAAACCCUCAUUCGGUCCCAAACUCGAACCCAGGACCAAAAAGUAGACCACAAAGGGUAAUCUAUAUUUUUUACACUACGUUUUCCUCCCCAAUUUUUUUAAUUCCCUCCUCCUCCUCGACAAUUUUAUUAUUUUCCCUCCUCCUACUCCACCUCCCCAUUUUUUAUAUAUUUUUUCUCUCCACCACUACCACCACGUUUCUAUUGUUUCCCUCCUCCACCAACACCACUACCACAUUUAUGUCGCUUUCACUCCCCCUAUUAUUUUCCUGCCAGACAGGCCAAAAAGGCCAACCUCAGGCCAAAAUAGCCAAAAUCAGGCCUAAAAGGCCGAACUCAGGCCAAAAAGGCCCGACUCAAAGAACCAGUAUUGUGGGUAGCAAGACAAUAGGAGGAGUGAAUACAAUAGAAAUGUGGUGGUGGUGGUGAAAGGUAAAAUAUAUUUAAAAAAUGAGGAGGUGGAUUAGGAGGCGAGAAAAUAAUAAAAUUGUGGAAGAGAAGGAAAAAAAAAGUGGGGAGGGAAUAUAAUAAAAUUGUGAAGGAGUGUAUAAAAAAAUUGAGGAGGGAAACGUAGUUUAAAAAAAGAUAGAUUGCCCUUUUUGGUCUACUGAAUGGAUAUUUUAAAAUCACUGAGUAUUUUAUCUUUUUGCAAUUGUUAAAGGGUUAUAAAGUUGAUUUCUCGUGUCUUAAGAAACGUGUCUGGUUUUAUUGCUAUUAGUCGCGUGAUUUAAUUGAUCCUUGUUCUCGCGGAGCGAGUUUAUAAUCUCGUCGCGCGCGAAGCGCGCGUGCAGCACGUGAACCGCGCAUUGUACAGAUCGUGUAUCGUUGUAUCGGAGAAGAUAAUUUUUCUGUGAACUGUAAGCGUUGUCUGAUCUCUCCAUCGCUUUUUGAAGCGUCGGCAGUCUGUAUUCCCUCUCUUCAUCGGCUCCAUUUGCACUGUAAUUGUAUUAUUUUGUCGCUGCCUCUGUACAUGUUUGUGGUCGCUGUGUUGACGACGUUGCCUUCGCUGUGCUAAGCGAUGUUCUCUGUGCUUUGAGCACGGCUUCUUGUUGUCGUCGUCUUUUUCGCUCGCGAUGAAUUUUAGUCGGCGUUCUCCAGAGUAGUUUCGGUUAAAAAUCGAGGAUUUCCAGCCACUUGUUGUGUUUGUUGUUCUGUGCCAUCUGAAUGGGAAAUUGCUCGUGAUUCACCGAUUGUAAACAUUGUUUCAUAGAUGAAUAAACAUGACCAUUUCAUGAAUAACACAUGAAAUGCGCUGGUCAUCAGCGGCGAAGUGUACGUUGCCUGGAAACGCAAAAUGCUCCAUGACGUAGUGCUACAUGAUGUCAUUGGCGGACACCAAGCAUAUAUUCAUAGAGAGAUUUAUGGCGCACUGAAUUUUGCAUCUGGCUAAGACAACUCGCGGUUCACGUGCUGCACGCGCCCUUCGCGAGCGACGAGAUUAUAAGCUCGCUCCGCGAGAACAAACCGACAAAGACAAGACAAAACUGGCAUUGUUUCCUCACGUGUUUUCUUCCGGCUUUGUUGUAUAGGUGCUUACAUCCGAUUUAACAUCUUUCUCUCCAUUAACUAAUUUACAUCUUCAGGAACUUUCGCACUACGAAAAUAUCUCUCACUUGUUUUCUUUAAAAAGGAAUCUGAUGUUUGGAGGACAUCGGCUCUUUUUUUUGACCUUUCUUCACAUAUAGAUAACUUUAAGGUGGCCCGAACCUAUUUACAUGCGCGUUGGUUACGUUUUUGUAUGGCGUUUUUCGGCAGUAACGAUUUAACCGAUUUCCAUGAUUUUUGUCAUCCUUAAUAACAGAUGGUCGAACUUGCUUAACUUUUGUUUGAAGCAUAUGCCGAUAUCUCAAACGUUUCUAUACCUAUAAGAAAAUAAAUAGCAUUUUCUUAAAGUAUUAAGUAUGCCAAAAAUCAUAGAAAUCGGUUAAAUCAUUCCUGCCGAAAAGCCCGAUUCAAAAACAUAACCAACGCGCAAAUAAAUAGGUUCGGGCCACCUUAAGGUGAUUCCCUGGUUUUGCACUGCGCAUCUCUUACUGCGCAUAACAAGAUGGCCUCCGUAAAAAAGAGCAUGUGAAGUAACAGUAUUAAAAUGAAGUUGACCGAAGAGAAACGCUAUUGCAAUUUUUGCUUGCGGUUGUUUCUUGCCGAGGUGAGACUCAAUGUGGUGGGAAUGUGCAUAACGUAAGCAAUACGCGUGUUGCUGAGUUCGACUUCCUCACGGAGAACCUCGAUAGUGGAUGUUUAAUUUGUGCUUAUUCACUUUGAUUUUCAUUUAAACGCUUUCUUUAUCACAUUGUGUCCUAAAUGUGAUAUCUCGAUGUAAAUUCUGUAAAAACGGAUUUUUUAAUACUUUCUUCCCCCUUUGGCAUACAUUCUAUUUUGAAACUCGCCCCAGUCCUCUCUCAAGAAUCAAGGAAAAUGCAUUUGGUGCGCACUUCCUGCAGCUCUACCGCAAAAACGAGUACGGUGACCCCCAUUUUUUAUUUUAUUAUUUUAAUAAGGACAGUGCUUCCUUUCAGUGAGAAAAAAAUAGGCACAAAUCUAUGUUCAGUUUUUCGGCAAUUUUACUGAAUUGUACGGAUUGAGCUAUCACGUGUCGAAUAGCGCGUGUCCAAUUUAAUUCUACUUUGGAGCGUAAAGUAAAAACAAGGGCAUUAAAAGGCAUUUUUCUGGUACGUAAGUGGAUAAACAAUGCAUUAAAGUCAAAUUCUGUGCGAUACCACAUGCAUCAUUGAAAAAAUCUUUUCUUUUUGUCUAGUUUUGGGCGGCGGGCGGUUUUUGUCAAAGGGUCCAAAAUAGCCGUAUUUGUCACCAUUGUGACGUCAAAACGAGCACGGUGACCCCCACUUUUUAUUACCUUUUUAUCAUCUUCUUGACUUGUUACAUCAGUGUACCAAGUUUCAUCUACAAUCUAUGUUAGGUUCUUUUACGAGGGAAUCACCUUAAAGGUGAAUUCGAUGGGAAUAGUUGAUGCUCAUUAUCAUUAGGUUCUUCACAUACGACAGAACUUCGUGUGUUGAUAUAUUUCGUUAUGUUGUUUUUUAAGGCUAGUGGUGCAACUGCCGUAAGAGCAUUGUUUACCCUGCUGAACAAGGAAAACAAACCUGUUAUAUUGCUUGGACCAUCCAACACAGCUGCCCUGGAACCCGUUGCAGAGUCGGCAAAACAAUGGAAACUGGUUCAGGUUUGGACAUCAACUUUAAUUCAUCACGGAUGUUAAUGUUUUCUGUGAUGAGGCAAAAUGAAUAAAAUAAUCAAUCAGUAGAUGCUUCCCUCUGAUGUUCCCAUUAUGAUACUUGGAGUACUUUGAAUGCAGUUAGAUAAACGAGCAGGAUUUUCUAAUUUAUUUCUCUAUUGAUUGACUCAUUUCACUAUUACGCUGGAGUACGAGAAUAGUUCGUCUUCGGCUCGCAAAUGUAAACGCCAAUACAGAUAUCCCGCUUUAGAGCGUUUUCACAUGACGUCACGGCGACCAUAUUGGUGUUCCAAAACAAUGAAACGGCGGCCAUGUUAGUGUUCCAAAGCAGUCCUCUGCGAGUUGACUUCUUUCUCAUACAAACGCAUUCUUUUGUAAUUCCAGUAAAUUUGCAUAGAUGCUGCCCAUGUGAGGGAAGACGCUCUGUACAUCGUCGUAUUCUUUAUAAAUCAUUAGUUAGGUUAUGGACGACGUAUUUUAUGUUGUAAGAACGGAGUCAUACGCUCCGGUCGUUUCUGCGGGUAAUCACUCUUGCAAAAGCAAAAAGGCGUUAAAUUUAAGAUUUUAUUCUUCCCGUCUUUCAGGUUUCUUAUGCCUCAGGUUCGCCAAAAUUUGAAAGCAAGCGGAUUUACCCGAACACGUACCGUGCAGCUCCGUCCUCGGCUUCAUUUAGUAAAGCAAAGGCUGCCUUCAUAAAGUACUUUGGAUGGAAGAGAGUAGCCAUACUGCACCAAUACGAUCCAGAAUUUUUUUCUCCUGUACAGUACUAUUUUUUUAUUUUAAUGUCUUACGUAAAUUUCGAUUGUAAGUGUGAACGUUAAGUUUCCGCAGUAAGUGCACUACUGCUUUUUAACUGUGUAUCCUGAAAGUAGAAUUGGCAUUUCAACGGUUCUACAGGGGGAAGAUUCUCUCAUCUUCAGAGACCCAGAGAACGAUACACAUUUAGUUCCAACAACUGCGCGGCAUAGUUGAGGAAAAUGCGUUGGAUUUGUAUGACUUACAUGCGGCUCACACUGGACCUCUGUUUUUUGUUUUAUCUCGCAAAAUCGUCCUGCCCCAAGUUCAUAAUUAUAAUCCCGACUUACUUUCCUUUUUUUUUUCCUUUUAAAAACCUAAAACUCUCAAGGCAGACUUAGACUAGACGCAUAAGAUGCCACAAAAUAAACCCUCUACAUCGACCCAUUGAUUGACUGACUGACUAACUGACUGAUUUAUUUAUUGUUUUGUUUGCUUGUUUUUUGCACAGACAGUGGAUAAGCUGAAGAUCGCACUUGUAAAGAGCAACAUUAGCAUCAUUGCAAUUGAAGGUUUUGAAGAGCUCGGCGAUGUCAGUUUUCAGAUGGAAAAACUCAAGGUUAUUAAACUCCUAGUCAUCAAUUAUUCAUUUUAGUUAUUUUUUGCAUUUUCUGGCUCUACCUUGCCACUGCUUCAGUGCUGCUUCUUAGCUUCUUCUCAAAUCUGGUGUCUUUUUCUGUUUUAAUUAGAAAUUGGAUGCUAGAAUAAUUAUCGGAGAGUUCGGCUACGUCGGUGCAAGGAACGUUUUCUGUGAAGUAAGUAAUGUAACAAAGCAGAGAAUGUGCUUUAUCCUGAUUUUUAUUUUCAGUGUUUAAUGCUGACCUGACUUAUAACUUGACUCAUGACUCGUUGACUCUAGCCUGCGUUGCCGAGACAAACUUGUCACUAGAGUUCUCUAUCUGGGUCUCGAAUCGGGGAAAUAGACUGUCUGCAACGCAGGCUAGUUGACCAAUGUGACUAUUAAAAAAAGAUUUCUCACAUUAAUGCCCACGAUUACAUAUGUUUUGUCCUUCUCAGACCUUUUAAGGGUAUAAACCGAAAAAGUAGACAGCUAUGACACUUUAUCUUUUUUUCUGAAAAAACUAACGCCUUCAUUUAGCAGUGUUACAUAUAACUCUAACUCAUGAAAUUUUUAUAAUGCAGGCCUUCAAAAGGAAGAUGUAUGGACCUAAUUAUGCUUGGAUAAUAUUUGGUGAAUUCAGCCCUACAAAAAUUUUCGCUGAUGACCCGAAACUUCGAAACAGUGUUUUAAGAGAUUGUUCAAGUAACGAGCUAAAGGAGGCAGCAAAUGGUUACAUUUCCACCAUCAAGCUGGACAUCCGUAAGGACAAUAACCAAACUAUAUCCGGCUUGGUAAGUUGACUUGUACGUUGAUAGAGGACAUUAACUAUUGUGUAAACGUUUCCCUUGCUUUGCGGCACUGUAGCUUUGUUUGUUCAAUUCUGCAAGUACGAACACCAUCAUGUUACAUAAAUGCAUUGUUUCUUUGUUGGCACCACUUUUCGCUCAAAGGGCGGAGAAAUGUUAUUAAGAAGGCUACCUUUUCAAGUUCUAGCUUUCUUUGCAGAACUUUCCUAAUAAAACACCAGUUCUGGGACGCCAUUUUUUUUUUCAUGUUGUUGCCGUUAUCAUUAUCACAUUAACGUUACUUUUUCAUGUUUCUUAAGACAUCUGAAAGAUUCUGGUGGCAGAUGAGGCAACUGAACAAGCACAACAAUCUGAGAAAGGACUCUGCGUACGCCUUCGAUUCAGCAUGGGUAGUAGCCAUGGCACUGGAUUCCGCUUUUGCUAAAGGGAUGAAAUAUGAGGAGCUUUUAAACCGAAAAUUCAAGCAAGUUGCAGCGAUAAGAAGUGGUAUUCAAAACAUAAACUUCGCGGGAUUAACUGUAAGUAUAAUCUACGAUAACACGACAGAUUUUGAAUUAUGCGUUUUAUCAAUAAGCAUUAUGCUACACUUUCUUUUAAGACAAAGAAACAGAAAAAUUGUUUUGCGUGCAGGCAAAAGCUGCUUUUAAAUAAUAAUAUUCCUCAGUUUUUCUUGAAGAUUCUAGUACAUUUAAGAUAGAAUAUGGUAUUUUUUGUUGUACAGGGGCCUGUAGGCUUUGAUGAAAACAGAGAAAGAGUUGGAACAGUUCUUAUUAAGCAAAAUAGAGACGGUGAGCUGCUCUGUAAGGAUAAUAGUUUCUUGUAGGAAAAGUGCUUGGAAGAAGAAUUUCCUGUAAAAAUGACAAGAUGAGUUAUGAAGAAAUACAUUUGCAUCUGCAUUUGUCUCAAAAAAGGCACCAUUUUGUCAAAAUAGAAGUUGCAGUUGCAGUUGUCUCCCAAAAGUAACAAACACAUUGAAAAAUACAUUAACUUACAGGACGUUGAGAGAAGACUUGUAAUGUGCAUUUACAAGAAAUUCUAUAAAAUAUUUUUGAUACACAUUUUUUUCUCAUUGUAAUAUUUAUAAUCAUAGUCGUUUCAGUUUAAGUUUUAGUUGAUUGCCAGCACGUUAUGUGAAUAACAGGUUAGGUUUUUGUUGUCCUUUUGUAGGAAACGAAACUAGGAUUGGUCAACAUUUCACCUCCUCCGACGAACUCCGUCUAUUUGAAUCUGAGCAAAAUAAGAUAUGGGAAGGUAAUAAAUUUUUCCGUUACACUUCAAUGUCUUUUCAAAAUAUCGAAAUUGCAGUCACUGUUGAUGAUGAUGAUGAUGAUGAUGAUAAUGAUGACGAUAAUGAUGAUGUAAUGACAAUAAUGAUAAUGAUGACGAUGAUAACGAUUUAGUGAAUAAUCGAUUAAUAUGUCCGUAGAUUCUGUUGGAAAUAACCGAAGCUGAUAUAGCUUACACUCCCUCGAGUGCCUUUUAAUUAUUGAAGCGCCGUCCACUUGCCACGUCGUCUGGUGUCCUGUUUAGUUCGUUGAACAAUCUGCAACUCUAAGUACAUUCUAUAAUUUGCUCAUCUGAUGUUUAGUAUUCUUUCCUGUCUGGCUCCAGUUAAAUGUAAACACGAGUUUAGGGCACAGUCCGUUCAGAGUCACCGAUAAUAUGCAUGAGCGUAUGGGCUCCCCCAGAUUUAGGGAAACUCAGAUUUUUUGCCCAGCAAGAGAAAUUUGGGCAAAGCCAGUUUUUAAAGAUUCAAAAACCCACUUUGAGAGCAGAGCUUUAAUGACCGCCAUUUGUGACUUGGAGUUUAUCUUCAGACUGUGUGUGCUGAAAGUAAUCCUGAGCAACAAUAGUAGUCUGUGCAAGGUUGGGACUGUGAGAAUUCUGUCAGAUGUGCCAUUUCCUAGGGAGGGAGAGAUUUACUAGAUCUUACUAGACUUUGCUUGAGCUCUCUCCAGCUAAGUUUAUACCAUUGUUACUGGCCCAAGACGUUUCUGUUGCGUGCCCAUAUAUGCUACUCGAAUUUUGUUAGAAACGACCUUUAUCUGUGGAUAAUCAGGUAGCUGACCUGCAGCUUGAGCUGGGGCUAUGAACGCCUGCUACGGUGAGAUUUCUCUAAUUUCAAGCAUUGUUCUAAGGAAUUACUUAAUGCCAAAGAAAGCAGAGUAAAAGUCUCCAUUGUUCCAUGUUACAAGAAACGCGGUCGCGUAGUUUUUGUUUUGGACUCUUUUUGAUUUCAUCUUUUGCAUUUCUCCUUCAGACAAUCGACCACCGAAGGAUCACACCGGCAGAAAAAUUGAGCUGAUGAUGAGUCCCUUACCACUUAUCGUCAUAAUGUGGUUCAUGGCAGCGAUCGGCAUCAUCUGCUCGUUGAGCUUUCUGUAUUUUAACAUCAGUAAAGGUAAAAACAGGUAGGACUUUAACCGUGCUGUUUCUGACCUUUUCCAACACAAAACAUAUUCUCAAGCAAAAGCAUUUUUGAAUUGUUUCCGACCUCUAAUCUCAACGUGCAUUAAAUAUUGGAGCUCUUUGCAUAUUUACAUCUUUUAUUUUCAUUUUGUCAGGAUAAUCAAGAUGUCGUCGCCUAAACUUAAUGAUAUUAUUAUUAUGGGAUGCAUCCUGUGCUACGCCUCCAUUGUUUUGUUGGGUUUGGAUGCGAGGUUUCUCGAUUUGCAAGGUUAUGGCAUCAACUGCAACGUAAGGAAAUUAAUUAUUAACGAGCAUUUUCUUGAGCAAGAGUCUACCCUUUUCUGACGUAUAAUAUAGCUGUAACAUUUCAAGAGAAAGCUUUCCUUCAUUUGGUGAACAAUGUACUAAGGCGGCUAACGUAGAAUUCCGAUAAGACAGGUGUUAACACGGGUCCGGACAAAUUUUUGAACGGACUAAUUUUUCCCUCUGCAACCUGUUUACACGGAACCUUGCCAAAUCUGUGCAUGUUACAGUAGUUUUCAAACAAAUUUUUGCCGGUGGCAGCAUUCGAAUGGCUUUUUUUUUAUCACGGCGCGUAAAUAGGCUUCAGGCUUGUCAGUAAAACGUGGGGUCUGGGCCGGGGUCUAUCUUUUUGUUUAAAAGAGUGCUGUUUUAGGGUUAGGGUUAGAGUAAGGGUUAGGUUAUGGUUAGGGUUAGGGUUAGUGUCAACCCUAACCCUAACCAUAAUCCUAACCAUAAAACAGCAUUCUUUUAAAGUAAGACAGACCCCGACCCCGGCCCAGGCCCCGGUCCCGGUCCCGGCCCCGGCCCCGGCACCAAAGCCGACCCCGACCUCGUCCCCGCGUUUUACUGAUACCCGGUUUCUACCGCACAAACUGUGCAAAAACUUGAACAGUUCAGGUGUUUACACGAGUCCGUGUAACAGUGAUUACAAGUUGCGUUUCAAGUUGCGCACCUUGCCGCAGGUCCCAUGUAAACGAAAGGCAGAUCCGAUUUCACAAGUGUUUGUCCGUUCAAAACUUUUUCCGGGCCCGAGUAAAGGGGGUCAACCUUUAAGAUAGCAGUUAUAUUUCUACUCAUUCUAUUUCUUCCCGUAUUUUUGAAAGGAGAAAAUGAGCCAAAAAAUGUAAAGUUUUGGAUUUAUUAAUAAAAUGAGUUCGAUUCUCACCAACAGGCACGAGCUGCAUUGCUGUCUAUCGGAUUUUCCUUAUCCUUCGGUGCAAUGUUCAGCAAAACAUGGCGAGUUCACAAGAUAUUCACAGCGGCCAAGACUCUCAAGAAAAUGGUACGAUGUGGUUCACUCUGUAUUGCAGUUCGGUCUAGGUGUUUGCGAAUUAUAUAGCAGUUAAAGGCUUCUCUUGACCUUGACCUCUUCACCUUGAAUUGGGUGAAAAUUCAAGGUGGAUACUCCACGAUUAAAAUACGAGCAUUCAACUAGUGUAAAGUAACCUCGAAAGAAACCCUAGCUAUCGUUGUGUAGACCUUUUGUUUAAUUUAGGAAAUUUCAUAAAAAAUAUUAGCUUUAGUGUUCUAUGCACUGUUUUUCUCUUACAGCAACAUACGUUACUUGCGUCCCUCUACAAAUUACAGUUGACCCAGUUGGGUAGAAUGAUGUGGUGAGAUAAAUAAUUAAAACCCAGCAAUCUGAAAUGAGACAUGAACGGUUCUUUAACAUUCCAAUGCUAAAAGUAAUCACCAAUGCCUAAAAUGUAGUUAAAGCUUUAGAGUAUGUAUACUAACUUUUAUGAUGUUCUUAAUCGAAUGAAUCUUUACCGGGAAUAAUUUCGUAAAACACUGUUUUCUAUUACAUUAUAACAGGCUAUAAAGGAUCUUCAUCUCCUUGCUAUCGUAGCAGUAUUGUUAACAGUGGAUGUUAUUUUCUUGUCCUGUUGGAUUAUUAUCGACCCAUUCCAAGCUGAAGAAUUAAAAUUCGAAGAACUGGUAGGAACUUUUGAGUCGUUUUAACUUUUCGCGUGAACACGAUAUAACCUUGGUGUUUAACAGCCUCAACUCCUUAAAAAAACUCGAAGGUCAUAUUAUCAUUAUUCACUCUUGCAGGGGUACAAUAGGCUUGUGAAGCUCCAGCUUUGAAUGCUCCAAUUGGGUUGUUUCUUUCUUGUUUCUUAGUUUCUUAGAAUGGAUAACCUUUCUACUGAGCUACGGCAGGCAAACUCUCUUGGGGCUUUCAGGGCCGCUUGUGGCUGAAAACAUUUUUUACUAUAAUAGUUGUUUCUUGUUGUUGUUUUUUUUAAUUCCUGAUGGAUUGACAUAGCUUAAGUAAAAGUUUUCAUCCAUUUAUUUCAUUCAUUCAUUCAUUCAUUCAUUCAUAUAGGCGUACCUUUAACUAACAAAUAUUUUAAAGCAUGAUUACUUUCAUGCCAUUUUUUAUCCAUAGAGCCGAAAGGAACAAGACACUAUCAUCAUUCCGGCUUUAUACCAGUGCACCUGCAAAUACAAGACCUAUUUUCUGGCAGUCCUGUUUGCCUACAAAGGAAUACUUCUGUUAUUUGGGCUCUUCCUAGCCUGGGAGACACGCAAUGUCACAAUUCCUGCCUUAAAUGACUCCAAGUACAUUGGGAUGUCUGUUUAUAAUGUUGUUGUGUUGUCCAUUAUCGGUGCUAUUGUGGCCAUUGCACUCGAUGGAUCCAUGUACUACGAAGCUCCUUAUGCCAUUUCCUCGCUCUGUCUUAUUGUUUGUACUACAGUUACGCUGUUAUUGGUAUUUGUUCCAAAGGUAAGUCAUGACAUAAUUGUGCCGCUGCUGAUGUUUCGUACUGCUAUUGCUACUGCCGCUACUGCUGCUACUACUAUUACUAACUGCCAAUACCACCACCAGUACCACUACCACCACCACUGCCACUACUAGUGCCACCACCACAACCACUACCACUACCACUACCACCGCCACAACCACUACCACUACCACCACCACCACCACCACCACCAUUACCACCGCCCUCUACUACCCCUUCUACUACCACCACUACCACCGCCUCUACCACCACCGCCACUACCACCACCUCCACCACCACCACCUUCACCACCACUACCACUGCCACUGCCACCGCCACCAAUACCACCGCCCCCACCACCACCACCACCACCACUACCUCUACCAUGCCGUGACGUCUUACUGUAAGCUCUGUAAAAAUAACCAGCAGUGUGAAUGAAAAUCGUCGUUUUUCAUUUUAAAGCACCCCCAAUACCUUUACCUUUAGAUCUACCAAUUCCUUAUGAAGGAAGAAGGAAUCCUCCAAGCCUCCUCUAUGCAUGCUGCUGCUACCGGCAGACCGCGGGCUCAUAGUCACAGCCUGACGUGCGCAAUCCCUGUGCUUAAAGAACGACAUACCUCAUUUACCUGCAAAAGCACACAAACAGAUUUUGAUGCCCCAGAAAGUGCAGGUAAAGAAAGUAAUGAUUGAAUAAUGGCAUGAAUACCAAGUGCAUGAUGUUAAAUAACAAGUAAAUACAUUUGUAGUUAAGACAAAUAACGGUUUGGUGGUCGCAAUUCCACAGCGUGGUUCUUCGUCUACCACUCCAGAUGAAAUUGGGCUGAGUCGAAAGCGAAAAACUGGAGAGUAAAGUAAACUGUAGAAUACCAGGAGAAAACCUUUCCAGUGCACCCGCGACAACCAACAAUACACUCGACACACCCUCUGAGCUUCAAACCUGUGUCACAUUACUGGGGUAGCAGUUGGGAUGGUGUGCUGCCAUCACUACGCCACCUUUGCUCGUUGCAAUAUCGAUAACGUCGAAAGAUAAAAAAUAUUCCUAGGUCCUUCCUUUGAGGAUCAUUUAGGCAGUCUAUAGUUUUUGCUUGAAUGAUCAUACUAUUUUUGUAUUCCGCAAGACAUUUAUGAGCAGAGCAGCACGAAUAGCAUAAACAGAUCACGCCCGGGAAACGCCUACUUGUCUGUCUAUUGCCAUUACUGGCAACCUUUUCCUACUGUCAAAUGAAGCAAGGCAGGAAAAUAUAUGUAGGAUAAAGGUUGAAAUUGUUGCUGAAGUUGAAUAAUGUCUUUUUUCUAUAUUGUGUUGCCUCGCAUCAUCAGAAACUUGUUUCAAAAUUUCAAGCUCUUUUACUAUGCUUUUAGGCCCCAGUACUCUCCUCAUUCCACUUCUUGAAAACCGGGUAGAAUACGAUGGACAUGCAAGAGUUUAAGAAUGUUGCAAGUAAUUCAUACGCACACUAUUUCGCUCAUCUCAUCUCCACAUAACAGCUUUGGUUUCUAGUCACGCAUUUCUAAUGAAACCUUCUUGAUGGAUACUAAUGAACCUCUUGGCAGCUGGGGCCUUCUUCUUGUUACUCUUUUUAUCUUUUUACUUCAGGGAAUAUCUGUUGAUGGAACAUAUCUGAGGGGUAACUGACCUGUUCAGGGUCACCCUCCAUAAUUGCCUUGAAAGAUAGGAGUCUCAUUUGCUGACGAAAUCGCUGCCAUUUGGUCUUGUCUAUCUUUUUGCCUUAGGAAAAGUGCAAUCGUCACAUAAGAAAUCUCAAUAGACCAUUUUACAGUUGUUGGCUAAGUAUCCUAGCCUAUGAGUGAACGUCAGGAUGAGGUUGACCUUGUUUUGAUGCAAAACCCUUUUGUUAUAAAUUAAAUCCGCGUUGCCGAUAGCAACGCGUCCCUUAAAUUCCCUAAGGGUAUUUUGCAUUCAAGCGCUAUGUUUUAAAAAUUCAGUUUGAGCUAGCAGUGGACAACAGGGGUCUUUUUUGCAUGAGCAUGCGCGACCGCUGAACAAGCGAUGUGCAUGGAGGCUCACCACAGGGUUUGCCUUCAUCAAAAUGGCGCGUCCCAAAGCUAUCAUAGCGAUUAUUUUGCUCGUUGGUCUUGGCGAAUGUGCUCGUCAUUUAACAAAAUGUGUAGUUUGCAAAAAAAACUCUAACAUGGUCUUAGCAAAAGCGAAGUAGACCGGUUUUAACAUACAUGAGCUACUAUCAAAUUUCAUCUCCCCACUUGACCUGGACAACAGCGCGCGUAUAUGUAGUUCCUGGAGGAUUGCACUGACCUCAUCAAAGUCUAAACAAAGUGCAGAAACGUUUGUUGAUGCAAGUAAACACUUUCAAUUUUCUUUGUUUUGAAAUUGGAAAGGAAGAGAAAUAUUAAAAAAAAAAAACAUAGCAAAUUUCAGCGAGUGGGUUCGAAGUGCGCGAAAGCCGAUGUUCAGUUCAGCAGUGAAUUAAUAUAUGUUCUACAAUUUUCCCAGCACUUUAAAGCUACAAAAUUAAGAGCACACGAGACGUAGAUUAGUCACCUGGUGAGAUGUUGGUGGUAGUCACCCUGUAUGUCUCGAACAAUAAAAAGAAUGAAUAUCAAUGAGACACAGUCAAAACUGCGUUCAAUAGGACCGAAAUUUAAGUCCAAUCUUGUGACCGAUUUUGAUGAAACAAAACGGGUAGGUUUCCCAAGAAGUACAGUAAACAUGUGAUGCCGACCAAAAGUUAAAAAUCAUUAGAACAUUUAAGUUCUGGCCAAAACCAAAUUCCUGUGAAAGAUGCGUUACAAUGUUAGUCCACGCAAAAACAAGAAGUUCUACAAUUUUCCUAUAAACAAACUUUGUAUCGCUAAAAUACUUAAGGCAAAAACUUUCUAUUCCAACUGAAAACGGCGUGGUAGUCGCCCGCUGAUCGUUAUUAAUCCACUCCCGAAAUAUGGCUAAAUCAGCUAUUAACAAAUUAUUGACAGAAAUCCUCUACGGCAUCGAGAAACUGAUUUACAUCCGAUUUAUAGACAAACAAUAAAUAAAGAACAUUUUGCUCAAUAGCUACGCAUCAGGAAUGCAUUCUAUGCCAAACUUUGCGGUUCUUAAACGGGAAUCAAGAUACGAGUCGAGCGCCAAACAACAACAAGCAGCCAUGUUCGUGUCAGACAUCCUUGAGAAACUUGCUCUUUCACCUCGUUCAGCGCACCAGUCUCCACUUUAAAUCAACAGAUCUUUACUUAUUUUGUACAACGAAGGUCUUUCCUAAGUUCCUGCUACCAUUUCAAUCUCAAGCAAGCUUUCAAAGUGAACAAUUUGGUUCCUAUGACUAUGCAGCACGGUUGCUGUCACUGGUCGCGUGCUCUUUGACAAGUCAGUGGUCGCGCAUGCUCAUGCAAAAAAGACCCCUGUUGCAGUGGACAUGAACAGAAGAAUUCAGAUUUAGAAACGAAGACCCGGAGAUAAUUCACGCUAGUAUGAGUAGUUUUUUCUAAGAGUUUUUUCAUCCUUUGAGCGAAUUUCUUAUCAAGAUAUUUGGGUUUUUCCUUUUUCAGCGAAUCAUUCUGUAAAUCACACUAUUAAUCCUCGAAAUGUAGAGGUGAAAGAGGCGAGCCGAUUUCGACGCGUGAUUGCUAAUUAACUUGAACUGUUAGAAUACUGAGACACAGAGAAUUAAACAAUGAAUCUUGAAGAACAGCGAAAAGACGACGACACCAUUCUAUUCUUAUAAAAAUUAAGCUUAGGACUCACAUAGCAAAAGGGGUUUUAUCAAAACAAGGACAACUCAAGCCUCGUUUUUACCUGUAACUGUAAAUUGGGGUAUUAUCUAAAUCUUUAAAUUCCACUUUACAAUCUCUUUUUCUUUGGAAUUUCCAAUGGUGAAGAAAUUACUUUCUCUUUCCCUCUUUGAUGCACGUGAGGCAUCUGCCAGUGGAAUUCCAAGCACAGAUCUCUGUGUUUCGGUUCUCAAUCCAAUCUAUUUCUUUUUUUCCGUCAAACUGAAUUACCACUUGUUAGGCACCACAAAAGUAUUAAACUGGUGGAAUAAACUUCCUUGCAGCGGCGGCAAAUAUAUCGGGGAGCUGGUCUAACUUUAGGCAAAAGGUGCUUACACUCUUAGAUCUGAUAGUUGAGUAUAGGUGACCACGCCCUCCUUUAAGACUAACGCCAGGAAACAGAUCUAAUCAAGUCCAGCUCCAAAGCACGCCAUUGCAGAUGUUAAUUCUUUGGUUAAUUUACAAUAACUUAGUUGGCUCCAACUCUUUCCUUACCAAACUUGGUCUGAAAGUACAAAAUAUCCAGCCAAUCAAAUUGGCAUGUAUUUUGACAUCAAAAGGUCAAAAUAUGACGUCACAAUUGCGCACGUUAUUCAUACUUAAAUUGUAAACUUUAGAAUCGUACCAUUUUUUUAUAUCAAUUUUAAAAGAGCAAUUCAAGGAGAGAUGAAACCUGAAAAAAAUUUGCAAUAUCUUAUAUAUGAGCUGAGAUACGACAUUUCAAUUUGGAUAAAUUUGUACUACAAAGUAAAAUAAGUCUUAAUUUAAGCGUUUCAUUGUCGUGUCACCAUUACCAUUUAAUAUAAACAUAAGACAUCUUUAUCUUCGAAAGCUAAAGGAAAAAGAAAAUUGAAAAACGAAAUUCCUAACUGCACAAAAACCAAGAAAACAGUUUUGCGACGUCAUUAAAAUGUCAAAAUCAAAGGGUUCGUUUUUUAAGGAAAAAUAUGGUUCCAGGUGCACUGAAAUAUCUUUAUUAAAAUCCCAUAACUCGAUUUCUACGUGUCGUAGCGAGAAACGGUUUUCAGCGUAGAUAUAAGGGCGCUUUUCAUUUGUCAGAACUUACCGGCCAGACCAUUCCCGUCGCACUAAUAAUCUCACUUUUAAUCAAAACUCUCCAGUAGUAGGGCUUCAGCAAAGAUAAGCCUCGUUGGUGGAUUCCCUUUGGAUUCCCUCGCAGAAAGUGGAUUCCCUUAAUUAAUAGGCAUAUGGGUCUAGUCAAUGACGUCAUCUAUUGUGAUAACCUAGGGAAAAAAUGGGUUCCUUCAUACUAAUUAAGUGUCUUCCUCCAUAUAUAAUGAAGUGGAUAGGUUUACUAAUGAGCGUCACUCUACUACAAUAGGAACAAUAGGCCGGCCCAAACUUGCCCGGGAUCUUGUAACCCUGAUUGGAUAGUAAACAAUCCAUUAUGUGUUCAACAUAAAAGCGCGCUCUCCGUUCAGCAUUUUAUUCUUGCAAUCGCUUUGUUAAGGAGAACAUUUGUCCGAGUUCGCUCGUUUUGAGAAAACCUUUAUUUACUUUUUGAACAUCAUGGCUUUCAUUACCAACGUUUGCGAAUUUCAAGCUCUCUUGGAUGGUUGUUCCUCGACCCACGAUUGGGAAUUAUUGCUGGAAUCUAUUUUGAUACGCGAUGAGUGGAUCCCAGUGGCGUAUGCCCGGCUGUCGGAACUCACAGCCCAAGAGAUACCGGUAAGUAUUCUAUUUCGUCUCUGAGUUCUUUCCUGAUGACGGUUUACGUUUAAUCUGUACGUUACCGAAGCGAGUUUAUAUUAAUCUUUACUUAACGUUCUACUCCACAGAUUGAAAUCAAUCAGGACACGGGUAGUGAUGAAUUCAACGAUCUACUGAGCGAUUCGGUAAGUUUUCCAAUAUGUUAUGUCACGAAGUAAGUCUUCUCUUCUUAUCUAGAAUAACAACGAGUCAGCACCGUUAUCAGCGCAAGAUACACGGGAUAAUUUUUUUGAUGAGGUAAGCAUUCAUGAUCAUAAAAUUAUUUUUCUUUCACGGAAUUAAGUUUGCACUAUUCAUUGUUCAAUCACUCAUGUGUAUAUUUCUGUUGUUCAUUUUCAGUGGACUGGCGAAACCAGUGAAUUACCCACUUGGAACCCGUCGGAAACCGUAAGUCAUCUUUCAUGUUUACUUGUUUAGAAUACGCUGAAUGCAAACGUUCCCAUUAAAGUUUUUUGAAAAUUAAAUUGUUUCGGCUCACCCAAAAAGACAAUAUAAUUCAUUCCUAAGAGUCAGAAGAAAAUAAAAGUUGGCUUACUAUUUAUGAUGUUGAAGGCGUAAAUAGUUUAUUCUCAGUUAUCGAUUCCGCUCUUCACUGAUCAAAUAUUGUCUUCUCCCAAAGUGAAUUCGUUUUUGCGGAUGAAUGCACCCAUAUUGAAAUCUAUUCUAUUGUUUUGUUGAAAAUCACAACAAAGCAUUUGCUCAAUGUACUAAUAUUCUUCAAUCAUCAAGCCGAGUUGAAGAAAAUAGACAGCGUAUUAUAUAUACUCAAACAGGUAUCAGAGCAAUUUAAGCUAUUUCCACUAAGCAGUUGAUUAUAGCAAUAUAGCAGAGUUAUAAUAUUACCCGCGCGCUUAUCUCUGAAAGUCAAUUAUGUCGUGGAUCGACACAUAAAAUUUAAAUUUAUUCUGUUGAUUCAACAUAAAAAACAAACCAUCUACCCAGUUGUUGAGACGCUCAUUGUAGACAAAUAGAGUUUAUCGGGGUUUCUUGUUAGUUGAGCUUUACGCUAAGACUAGGUCAUAUUUACUAAUUAUAGGAAAUUCAAUCCGGGGAUGGUCACCCUCCACCAGCCAAAAAGCCUCGUAAAGAAUAUCUUUGUGACACCUGCGGCAAGACCUUCUCUCGCCCAAAUCAUCUAAAUACUCACCAGCGAACCCAUACUGGUAAGAAACCGUACGAAUGCACCCGUUGCGACAAAAGCUUCACCCAAAAAUCGCAUCUCAAUCGUCACCUGAAAGCGCACGACAAACAAGCUGCCGAACGGACGUUUACUUGCGCAACCUGUGGCGAAACCUUUAAUAACCGCGCCCCUUACAACGCUCAUAUUCGCACCGCUCAUCAACAACCCGCCACUGUCACUAACAGGAAACGAUCCGCCGCUAAAAACACAGACGCACCUGCUGCUAAAAAACACAAGAAGUCCGCUGAUCCUGGUACUUCACCAACUACACCGCAAACCUCAGCGCCCGGGUCUAGCUGGCACGAAGAUCCUGUUCUCAUUCCUUCGAACCUUAUUCCUGCCGCGGAGGAAAAUAUCACCGACACGUACCGUCAACACUGGCCCCAGAUCCGUACCCGAUUUAGUCGCCGUAACCGUUUACAAGACUGGUACAAUUUCCGCCUGUCCACGAUCAGUCCCACCGCUCUCCGCGAACAACUGAGCAGGAUCUUGGCUGAUCAGCCUACUGUGUUUAAAGUGAAGUUUUCCUUUGGUUUUAUUCUCCGUAAUACAGAGACUGGGGCCCUCCAGUAUCAUCAUCCAUCCGCGAACAACAAUUUGGUGCUAGAACAGCCGUUCCUGAUUUCAAGUCCAGACGAUUUAGAGCGCCUAUAUCAGCAGAUAGCGGAGAUCGAUUACUUGGAGUGGGUUCGACAGCAGCGACCUAACAGUAAAUGGGUCGUGGAUCUCAUCACGAAUGUUACCUGGUUUGUUUGGAAAAUCAGGGAUCAUCCGAUCGGCCGUGGCAAAUAUCUACCAGGUUUUAUUGUGGACAACACGGGAAUCACCCCACUCGAUCGAAACAUUCAAAGAGGCAAGCCUUAUGAAGAUAAUCUGUGUUUUUUUCGCUGUCUGGCCCUCCACAACGGUUGCCACAUGAAGAAUUUAGAGAGGGACACGCAGUACUAUUACCAACAGUAUCGAGACGCCGGGUUAGGAAAAAAGAAGUUCCAUGGGGUCAAGCUGUCCGAACUAGACGAGUUGGAGAAAUUGUAUGAAGUGAAUAUUCAAGUAUACAGUCUCGCGCCUACUCAGAGCCACAGUAAAGACGAAGACAAUGAAGAAAAUACUCCCGAGAUUGCCGCCACCCUGCUUCGCCGCUCUCACCGCCACUACUCCAGCACGCUUUACUUGAACUUGUACGAAAACCAUUUCUCGUAUAUUAAAGAUCUCGCCCGGUACAGUAAAUCCUUCUGCUGUUCAAGAUGUGGCAAGUACUGGAAACGCGCAAGUAAUUUAAGGCAACAUGAGAAAACCUGUGACGGCAAAGUCCAGCUGAAGUACCCUGGCGGAGCUUACCAUGUCCCUAAAACUAUCUUUGAAGAAUUAGAAGACGAAGGUAUUGUCGUUCCUGAAGAAUGGCGGUACUUCCCUUACAGAGCCACCUUCGAUUUUGAAUGUUACUUUGACAAGAAGAAAGCUCAAGAAUUAAAGAACACUGAAAAGUUAACCUGGCAAUCUGCCCAUGUUCUCCUCAGUGUGAGUGUGUGCAGUAACGUGCCUGGUUACCAAGCACCGAAAUGUUUUGUGUCUAACGGCGACCCAAACGUGUUUAUUACAGAAUUUAUGCAGUACCUCACUAAGAUAAGCCUGAAAAGUUCUUCUAUUCUCAGUGAACAGUUUGCACCUGUGUUUGAAGCACUGAAGCAAGUACCUAACCGCGAUGACUCAACAGAAGACCAAUUAGCGCAAAUACUUGUUGAUAUCCAGGAGGGUAGUCAGCAAGCUGAAAGUGAAGAAGGGGAAGAUAAUGAUGAAGAAUUAAGUGACUACGAAAGAGAUAUCGAUUUGAUGGCAAGUGAUGACGAUGACGACGAGGAAGAAAUCGAACCGGAGAAUGAGGAAGAUCGCGCGUUUCUCAAUGAUGAGGUAACAGAAAACGACCCUUCCUUUUACAGAAGACUGAACGUUGAGUUGGAUACUGAGAGGAGACAAGAGAGGAGACAACAGCGAGAUGAGCUAGCCCAGUACGAAGAUGUGUUGUUUGGUCAAGAGCAGACUAGCGACAACAAAGUCUUAACAAAGCUAGCUGAAAAACUGAACGCAUACUUACAAGAACUGCCCGUGCUAGGCUUCAACUCUGGCAAGUACGAUCUCAACGCUGUGAAAGAAUUUGUAUUUCCCUACCUUAUUGAGUCUCAACCCAUCAAGUUCACUGUCAAAAGAAACAGCAACCAUAUGUGUCUCAAGACAAACUCCUUAAAAUUUCUGGACAUUUCGAACUAUGUCGCGCCGGGUUUCAGCUAUGACCAGUUUCUAAGAGCGUAUGAAUGCGAGCAAACCAAAGGUUUCUUCCCUUACGAGUGGAUCGACAGCCUGGACAAGCUCGAAGAAACAUCGCUGCCCCCGCAUGAAGCUUUCUACUCAAGUCUGAAGAACCAAAACAUUACAGAAGAAGAAUAUGAGUACUGCCAGCAAGUAUGGGAAGAAAAUGAAAUGUCCACCUUUCAAGAGUUCUUAAUCUGGUACAAUAAUUUGGAUGUCGUUCCUUUCCUCGAGGCUGUAGAGAAAAUGAGUCAGUUCUGGCAGGAGAGAAAGAUCGAUAUGUUUAAAGAUGGCAUUUCUGUCCCUGGUUUAACCCUCAAGUACCUCUUCUCUUAUCUUUCACCUCAAACUUACUUCAGUCUCUUCGAUCAAGCGAACAGUGAUCUCUACCAUCUGAUCAAAGACAACAACACGGGCGGCCCAAGUAUUAUUUUCCACCGAUAUCAUGAAGCCGGCAAAACAAAGAUCAGAGAAGCAGAGGAAGGCGAGGCUGCUAAGCUGUGCGAGAAGAUCGUGGGGUAUGACGCGAACGCUUUGUACCUCUGGGCGCUCAUGCAAGAUAUGCCCACGGGAAGUUAUACGAGACGCCUGUCGGACAAUGAGUUCAAACCGAAAAGUUCUGUACGCAUGGCUAUUGAAUGGUUGGAAUGGGUGGCGCACAAAGAGGGAAUUCACAUCCGACAUCAGUUAAACAAUACAGAAAAGCGCAUCGGUGGUCGUAAACUGCCUGUGGACGGUUUCAACGCGCAGACGCAAACUGCGUACCAGUUUCACGGCUGUUAUUGGCACGGUCAUGACUGUGCUCUCAACCGAGGGAAAGAGUUUAACGAGAAACGCAAGAAACCUAUGGCUCAGAUCAGAGAAGAAACGAGAGCCAACACGGAGUAUAUCCGCAGCAAAGGGUACAACGUGGUGGAAAUGUAUGAAUGUCAGUGGAGAGAAAUGAAGAGAACCAACCGAGAACUACGGCAUUUUAUUGCCACCGAAGUGAGAAGAACCCUGGAUCAAGUCAAGAUCAUGAGUCCCGAACGAAUAUUGAACGAGGUGCGACAUGAGCGUUUGUUCGGGUGCGUGGAAGUAGAUAUUCGUGUACCAGAUCACUUAAAGGAAAAGUUUAGUGAAAUGUGCCCGAUCUUCAAGAACACAGAAAUCAGUCGCGAUGAUAUUGGUGAAUUUAUGAAAGCGUACGCCGAGGAGCACAACAUCAUGGCUCAACCCCGUCGCAGUUUGAUUGGGAGCAUGAAAGGAGAAAAGAUCCUGCUGGCCACACCCCUCCUCAAGUGGUACCUGGAACAUGGUUUAGAGGUCACGAAAGUGCACCAAGUGAUCGAGUUCACCCCUCAACCCUGCUUCAAACCGUUUGGGGAUGCGGUGUCAGACGCGAGGAGAGCCGGAGAUGCGGACCCCAGUAAAGCCAUCAUUGCAGAUACCAUGAAAUUGGUAAGUUUUUUGUUUCAUUCUUUCAUUCAUAAAGGGAUGGGAACAAUAUACAUUUUCACGUAUAGAAAAAACUUAUAUCUUUGUUUAUCUCUCAGGUGGGUAAUUCAGGUUAUGGUAAGACGAUCACCAACCAACUGAAACACAGAAACGUGGAGUAUUGCAGUGACGCUCAUGAUCAGGCCAGCCGAAAAGUGAACACCCACCUUUUCCGUAAACUAGAAAACAUCACUGAAGAUACUUAUGAAGUGCAGUCUUGCAAAAAAUCCAUUAAAUUAAAUCUACCCAUUCAAGUAGGCUUUUUUGUGUACCAGUAUGCCAAACUUCGCAUGCUACAGUUUUAUUAUGAUUUCUUAGACAAAUAUCUAAACCGCUCAGAUUUCCAAAUGUGUGAAAUGGAUACGAAUUCAGCGUAUAUUGCCAUUUCAGGGGAUAGUGUUGAGUCUUUGGUCAAACCAGAAUUGAAAGCAGAGUUCGAAGCUGAUAAAUGUAACUGGUUUCCCCGUACCGACACUGCGGAACAUAAGGCCUAUGAUAAGAGAAAGCCAGGUCUUUUUAAAGUUGAGUGGGAGGGACAAGGAAUCGUGGGUUUAUGUUCCAAAACCUACUACUGUUUUGGGGCCAAAGAUAAGUUUAGUUGUAAGGGUGUCAAUAAGAAAUGCAAUGACAUUAACAAAGAUAAAUACCUUAAUGUCUUACUUACAAAACAAAAUAGUGCUGGGGUGAAUCGAGGGUUCAGAGUUGUAAAUAAUACUAUGUACACUUAUGAGCAAGUUAGGGAUGCCUUUUCGUAUUUCUACCCGAAACGUAAAGUUUUGGCUGAUGGAGUUAGCACCACUCCACUCGAAAUUUAAAGUGUUCAAGUUUGUAAAAAAUGGAUUUUGUAAAUAAUUUUCAUUUUCUCAAGUUUGCAUAUAUAUUACUCUCAAAAUAGUUUUCCGAAAUAUUUAUAUAAGAUAGCCUCUAGUUGUAAAUAUUUUUUUGCGUAGCUUAUUACGGAUGUUUGUACAUAGGAAAUUAGUUUGUAAAUAAAUCAUUGGUUGAAUUUAAUCGUGGCUUGUUUCCUGACUCGACGCGCACGACUUACACGUGAGAUCUCCACGCGCGCCCAGGGAAAAAAACACAGGGUUGAAAAGAUACCCUUUCUGCCCUUUCUGCCCGAUCUGCCCUUGAAAAUCAACAAUAAAUUUCGUGUCGCAAAUAGUUUUACUCAGUUGGUAUCUAACAUUCGUCCUGUCAGCAUGAAGAAACUAAAAUGUAAACACUGCCCCAUACCGGGAUGUCAUUCUAAAUUCUUAGUUCGAUUAGCAAAUCAUUUAACUCAAGUCCACGAGUUAUCGGAAAUAGAACGAAAAUAUUGGCUUCAAUUUGCAAAAUUACAAAAUACCAAUGCGAUUCGUGUGUAUGACAAGGAGGCUGAACCCAAAACAAUUUUUUUUCUAUAAAUGAGAGUACGCAGUCACGCCCAAAUCAGUUAAUCAGUUGUGACCAUGGACCCGAGAUGGAAACAUCCUUUCCCCGGGCUUGUGGCCGGCCCAACAUGUUGUGGGAAAAGUCAGUUUGUAAAACGUUUACUAGAAGCAGGAGAAGACAUGGUUGAUGGUGCCCCGGAAAAUAUCAUCUGGUGUUAUAGCAUGUAUCAACCAGCCUACAAUGAGAUGCUUAAAACUAUUCCGAACAUUAUGUUUGUUGAAGGAGUGCCUGGUGAUCUGGAAACCCUAAUUAAUCCCUCUAUUCGGAAUUUAGUCGUCAUUGAUGACUUAAUGCACGAGCUUAGCAAUGAUCAGCGAAUGACUAAUUUGUUUACCAAGGGCUGUCACCAUCGCAAUCUCAGCGUGAUCUUUAUUCUCCAAAACAUUUUUCAUCGUGGAAAAGAACUGAGAGAUAUGAGUUUGAAUUCUCAUUACUUAGUGGUGUUCAAAAGCCCGCGUGAUAGCAGUCAAGUCAAUCAUUUAGCAAGACAAAUGUUUCCCGGUCAUGUCAAAUACAUGCAAGAAGCGUUUGAGGAUGCAACAAAAAGGCCCUAUGGAUAUCUAUUUUGUGAUCUUAAACCGGAAACACCUACCGACUUCCGGUUGCGUACGAAUAUUUUCCCCGGGGAGACUCAGUACGCUUACGUCAGAAAAGUAUAAAAAGCGUGAACCACAUCAAAUUUCUUCAGUUGAGGAUGGCACAGCGACUUAGAAAGAACCACGAUUUUCUGAAACUGCUUGUCAAGUGUACACCAGCUCAGCGUAAAGCCAUUUUGAAGGUGGCAGACGACGCUUUAGUAAGAAGCAUUUGUGAGUGUGUUUUAAACGUGCUUAAAGGAACAGUGCCUGUCAGUACGCCAGCCAAGAAAAAACUUUUACCUCACAAGAAAUCUUUGAUCGCCUUAGCCGAAAAAAGUACACCACUCGAUAAGAAAAAGAAAUUGUUGGUACAACACGGAGGAAAUUUUUUAAGUGUUUUGCUACCUCCCGUUCUCCGUGUGUUGAGUUCGAUUCUUACCUAAAAUGAAUCACACAAAGCGUAUGGUUCUCGUGCCCGAGAACACCUUGGAAAGAUUACAGCAGCGCCAGCAGAUUUUAACCCCACCCGUCACACAAACUCUGAGAAACUUGGAUAGUGAAAUGACCGAUAUUUUAUCCAGUAAAGAACUUGAUGAUGAACAAAAAGCUAGGCUUUACAAUCAAGUGUUGCAGCAGUACUUGACUUAUUACGAUCAGCGAGAAGGUCAACCUCUUCAUGUGAAAAUAUCAACCCCCAAAGCAGUAGAAACACCUAAACCAGAAGAAAAUGAACAACCUUCGGAAGAACCUGUCCCGGAAAAAUUCACUUCAUCAUCCGUAGAGGCAGAGGUCAUGAAAAGUCUACCCAAAAUUUACAAAGCCGGGGCUAGACAAUUGUUGGAUAAAAUUAAAGAGCAUCAAGAUGUAUUGCAUUGGAAUGAUAAAGGAGAGCUUUUGUAUGAAACCAAACCCAUUCCAGGUUCUCAUCUGGUGGACCUAGUCAACGACACAUUGCGCCACCGCAAAGGAUUUGAACCAGUAGGAUGGUCGAUGUUUGCGAGGGGUCUGGCCCGAAUGAAUGUCCCGGAAAAUCUAGUGCGUAAUCCACAGAGGCAAAGUGCUGUUCGAGAAUUUAAAGCAAGAGUGAGAGACGAAACCCCUAACAGUCCUUCCCGUUGGCUACCUAGCCCACCUGUGACGGUAUCCCCCGUGAAAAAACAGCGGCGAAGAAAUGCGAGUCCACGCCCUGAGGCUGUGCGCUGGUUACGGUUAUAAAAUCACCACAAGAGACAUUAUUAUUAUUAUUAUUGUAAAUCAUCUCUUUAUUUUGUUCACUCAAUAAAAGAUGUUGAAAAGAAAUUACAAGGUGUUUAUUUAUUGAACUUUGUGCUGGGGUUGUGCUCUUUGCUUGUUUACAUCAGUGCGAUAUUUCGGAAGACUUAUAGGAAAAUGUUUUUCAAUAAAUCGCUUGACAAGACCAUCAUUUUUACGUGUGUUAUUAGAAAAACGAUGCACAAUUGUACUCAUACUUAUUUGCCGACUACGAUAUAAAGCAAAAUACAAACAGUAAUGUCCGCAGACUUUGGAAUAGAUGCUCUGUAAUGUAACAGUAUUAAAAAUCCACUGGUUAGAAUUGUUGUUUAAAAAGGUAGUAAAUGUUCCUGAAUAUUUGCUGGGAGGUGCUCCGUAAGAAUCGAAAAAUUCUCCCUCUUGCUCCUUGGCGAAAUAAAACGUCACCCAAUGCGAACCUGGCUUGUCACUCGUAUCCACAUUGGCGAUGAAUAGGGCUGGGUAUUGCGAAACACUCGCAGGUAGCUUGUCUGAGGGAUACACGCCUUGAAACACACCUCGUGUAAAUUUAUCCUUUCUCAAAAUAAGGGUCAGUUGAAUGGUGUCCAUUUCUAGUUUGUGUAGUCGUAGAGAACGUUUCGGUUUUCGUCGACCUCAAUCACGUUUUGAAAUUCAGCGUAGACGAUAAGGUUGACCGUGUUGGCGAGUGCUUCCGAGAAAUGAAGCUCCAAGCGCAGGUUUCCUUGUUUUAUGAGCUCAAAAUGAUCUCCCGGGCAGUGAUCUGGGGUCAAAUCAAAUGCGAAUAAGGUAUAACCGGAGCCGUAAUCACUUCUAUUUAUCUGAUUGCCUGUAUCCUGGGAAAGCUUUCCAAUACCAGAGAAAAGACUUUGAUAGCCGGCUAUCACAUUUUGACCACCAGCGACGUCAAACUUCAGGAACAAAGGUUUUCGGGGGAUUUGUUCUCCGUCCACGUACACACCCACUUGAGUUAAAUUGUGGUGAUUGAAGUUGAAGGGGUUGGUACGGUAACUCCCAUUGUAAGCCUCUGUGUCCACUAAUCCCAAUACUAUGCACUUGGGAAUUUGACCCAAAAAGAUGUUGUCAGGGUUAAAACUGCUAAAUCCUCUUGGAAUAGAGAGCACUUUACAGUCGAUUCUGCGAAUGGGGUACUUGGCGCUGGAGUGUUUUAGCCCAGCUGCAUGGCCUAGAAUGAUAGAAGAGGCAACCUUGACUCUGCGUACAAACAAGAUGGCUUCUGUGAUAACCACUUUGAAAUUAGCUCCGGCUGCUGAGGACACAAGACAAAACACAUUCUUGGCUCGGUUCAGUUUGAUUCUUAAAUUAACUCCACUGAGCAUCAACCGGUCUUGAAAGAAUAUAUCACUGUGAAUGGGUCCCAUCAUAUCCACCGUAUGACUUUCUUUGGUAAACUCAUAGCGAGCCUUUAAUCCAAGGUUUGCUUCAUCGUCUGCAGCCAAGGGGUUCACUACAUUCAUCUUUCCAGCAGUAUCUUUGUAAAACAUGGCCAUAGAAAGUUGACUUGUUUUAGCGUCUUCUCCGUAGUUCAGCAAAGACUCGAUUAUGGCACGAUAAGGGUAAGUAUUAGUGGAUGCAGAUAUAAGUCGCUCAUUCAAGGAAACGUCUACUUGUGAAAACAGGGAAUGUAAAAAGAGGUUUACGGGACCCACUUGUGUAUCGGCAUCUAACGCGGUUCCGUUUGCUUUCGUGAUCUUAGCUUUCACAUAAAGUUGUGUCCGCGCUAAAUCUAAAUAUUCUUCUCCGGUUCCAGAUACGUUAAAUUCAAUAGGACCAGUGUCCGUGAUGUUGCUGAGAGGAUGAUAUUCAAUCCAUUGCCCUUUGUGAAUAGAGGUUUGUGUAGCAGGAAUAGUAAAAAGAUCCAGCUCUGAUUUAGUACACUCGCGAGACUCGUGAUGAACGAAGGCCAUUCUAUUCUUUAUCAAAAAUGGUUUUCGAUUUCUUCUGCUGUGGAGAUGUUUUUGCUUUCUUUCCUGGAGGCGAACUGAUUGUUGAGCCGUGCGCUUUCCUUUUAUAGCUUUUUUUGCCUGCACCUGACUGUCCUUGCUGUGACUUCUGGGACGUCAUGUUACCUAUAGCUUGUUUAGCCUGUUUGCUGAUUGCUGUUUUAAUGUUAUCUCCGCCAAGCACAUCUUGGGCAACAUUGACACCCGUUUGUAAAGCUUUUUUUCCAAUCACCUUAGCACCUUGUUGCAGGUGAGGUAUCGCCCAGCGGAACAGACCUUUAAAUAUGGAUCCUAAGCCAUAACCUCGCUGAAAUCGAGCUCCGUGAAAUGCGGGUAAAUUUCCACCUUUUUGCUUGGCUUGAUCUACAUAGUACUGUUCGUAAAACUUAUGAUUUGGGGCGUGGAGUUUUUUCAUUUUUAAAAGUACUGAGGUUGACUCUGACGAAAAUGAAGUGUUAACAACACUCUUCCAAACUCAAAUGGCACAGAUUCCCCUGUGUCUCGCUUUAUAUUGACUUCGAUGGUUUCAAAUUGCUUUCUGCUGACAGGUAAAUAUUGAGGGCGCACAAACGAUUUACUGACUCGCUGACUGACCUCUCCUUCUACAGGAACAAUUCGAAGCAAAGGGACCAGUGCAUCACCAACAUAUUGUGACUGAAUAAGAUCACAGUAAACGAAAAGAUCGUGAAAACCGUAUUCCAAAUCCACUUGUCUGUCGCCCGUGGUGGUCUUUGAAAUAGUUUGUUCGGGAGUGAACCCCAGCAUAUAGGCCAUAUCAUUUAACGAGACUUCUGCGUUGUUUUUCAAAUGAACCGUGACCAUUCUGCUGAGAUUAUCGUAUGAAAACCGUACAUCAUCUGUAUACCGAUUUUCAUUGUCCACUAACUCUUUCAUCUUUGAUAAGAUAUCUUCAAUGGAAGAAUAAUGACCCGAAAGCAUCUCCAGAGAGUCCCAAACACCGUGGAGUUUUUCAUUUCGAACGUAAAAUCGAAACCGUUGAAUAUUAUUCCAGCUAUGCGGAUAAUGGAUCUCGGUCAAAGCCACUUCCCAUUCGCCUGUAAGGUUUAGGGUUUGUGGUAAACUAACUCGGUACUCUGUUAAUGUGUUAUGAGGAAAUUUAUCGAGGCUGCUAUUGCUAGGGAGGUGCAGAUAAAACUGUGUUACCUCCAUCGUUUCGUGUGUUCAAAUGAACUUUUUAAUCUGGGUAUUCUUAAUUUAUUAGAAACCACACACCAUUCAUUUUAUUAUUUCCUUUUCUUUUAUUCACUAAAUAAAAAACACAUAAAUUACAACUUCAAAAUAUCACUUUCUUGAACCCAGAAAUCAAAUUUUGGGUCUUCGUAUCCUUUCCAUCUCACAAGAUACUCUACUACUCCUUUACGCUUUCUCUUACGCAAAAUCUUUUCAACGCGGUACACAUCAUCAUUCUUAAUAAUUUUCUGCAAUUCAGGCUCAUAAAAUGUGCCAUCUAAGAUUUCACCUGCAUCAUCUUUUAGUUUAUAAACGGGGACUUGACGAGCCAUUCGCUUGUAAACGGUAAAAAUUUCUUCCGUGAAAUUAGGUAAGUACGAUUUUUCAAACGUUCUCUUUACUUUGCUGAUCCUCACGCGAUCUCCCACUUGAAAUUUAUAUCGCACAGGCUUUUGAACAUCAUCCCCAUACAAAGUAUCCCACACUUGAGCUUCGUUCUUUUUAGUUACCUGACUUGGUUUCAUUUUAAUACUUCGGUGGUAGGUGUUAUUGUAAGAAGAUACUAACUGAGGUAAUACAUUGAUAUAGGUGAGAGUGUUUUUGGCCGUGAAAUAUUUGUACAUCUUGUUCUUAAAUGUUCGGUUAAAACGCUCAACCACUGAGGCUUUGAGCCCAGAGUUAACAGUAAAAAAGUCAAUGUUGUUAUCACGCAGAAAUUUCUGGAACACACGAUUCAGAAACUCUGUUCCUUGAUCCGUCUGCAGUUUAGUAGGUUUGCGACCAGUAGAAAGGAUCUUUUGAAAGGCUUGGACCAGUUCUUGACCUUGUUUUGUCUUCAAAGGUAACACAAAAGCGUACUUGCUGAAGAUAUCUACACAAGUCAGUAAGUAUUUGUAACCCUUGUUGUAGCGACUGAGGUUUUGAAGAUCGACCAAAUCCGCUUGAAAUUGGGCAUUUAUUCCAGGAACGAUGACUCGACUUCGCUUGUAGCGUCUUCGUGCGGGCUUGUGAAGAGUAUAAACAUCUUGCUGACUCAACCAAUCUCGGACUUGUUUACGCGAUAUCUUGUUCUUUCCUUUCUCUUUGACUGCUCUGUAAACAGCAUCUAAACCACCGAAACUUGCGGGUUGGCUUGGGUCGAGAUAAAUGUUGGUCAGUGCUUUCUCCAUCACAGAACUCGGAAUUUUGUACAAUAACUUGACCCCCGCAACAAGCUAAUACGCAACGAAUGCGGUUGAAAAUGCGCUCUAAUACCAGAGAGGGUGAAGAUGGCCAGCAACCCAUUACUAGUGAUUGCUAUGAAGGUUCAAAGCUGAAUGAUUUCUUUUUUCUUCGUGUUUACUUAUAUAGCUACUCUCGAAUCUGGGUAAGAGUGGGCACGAGAAAAUUAAAUAAUAGUUCCCAUUCCUCCUCGGUUAAUUCUAGCUGAUCCGCGAAGUUCAAAAAUACCACCAAUCGUCCCCAGUUUACUUUUGAAAAGACCUCAGAGUGGAGUUUUUUCAACUUUUCUAGACUCGAACCCGGCAUAUCUUUAACUUUUUGUUGAAGCAUUUCCAUUUCACUUGAAGACACUUUCAAUGUUUUGGCUUGUGCGCGAUACAGAGAAAAGUCGACUCGAAGCAAAGACAGAGAAAGCCCCAUCUUGACUAAGACAGAGACAAACACAUACUGACUCACAAUUUAGAUAUAAACAAAUUUUAUUACUUUUAGAAACAAAGCUUAUUUUGAAUGUCAUUAAUGAUCAAGUCAAGAUCCAUUGGUUGUUCAUCUUUCCUCACAACUCUCUCAGGGCAUUGCACUUCAACUUGGAUCCCACAGCACUGGGAUCUUUGCACUUCAGUCCACAAGGUCCGUAGUAAAUAGCAUACAGAAUUCGAUCUUCUAACUCACCAUAAUCUUCGAGUUCCAAGGAAGUGAGAUAGAUGUUAGUCCAAGGCAACUUUGGUAAUUCGGUCACGUACGCUUCCCACGUUUUGCCAAGUUUGAAACCAAGAGCACUGCACACACUUUCAGCCGUUUUUAAGAUAACAUUGAGGUCAAUUUGUUCCACCACUUCAUCAUGGUAAUACAUCCAUGCGUCAUCAUUAUCUAUCAUCAGGCAAGAAUGUUGGUUUUGACUUGGGUGUUGAAUAGCACAACCGUGGCAGCGAUUCAGCUUUUCUGCUUGGAUGAGUUUGUCAACCGUAGCCGCAUAAGUCAGUUGGAACACAUGGCCGAUAAGGCUAGCUACCCGUUGACGUUGGACUUUUUCCACUUCAUCUACUGUCAGAAGCGGUGUAGCACUCGAUUCGACUUGCAUGUUUGGAGUAAUGUUUUAAAAAUAUUGGUGAUAAUAAGACUUUUUCCUUAACAAAGCGAUUGCAAGAAUAAAAUGCUGAACGGAGAGCGCGCUUUUAUGUUGAACACAUAAUGGAUUGUUUACUAUCCAAUCAGGGUUACAAGAUCCCGGGCAAGUUUGGGCCGGCCUAUUGUUCCUAUCGUAGUAGAGUGACGCUCAUUAGUAAACCUAUCCACUUCAUUAUAUAUGGAGGAAGACACUUAAUUAGUAUGAAGGAACCCAUUUUUUCCCUAGGUUAUCACAAUAGAUGACGUCAUUGACUAGACCCAUAUGCCUAUUAAUUAAGGGAAUCCACUUUCUGCGAGGGAAUCCAAAGGGAAUCCACCAACGAGGCUUAUCUUUGCUGAAGCCCUACUACUCUCUCCAGCCAGAUCAGUCAAAUCCUAAAUAGCAUGCACGAAGGAGAACAUUUUUCAGCAAAAACGCUUGGAAAAAGCCUAUUUCAUUUUAAACUGACUUGUCCGGCCAUGGUCCGUCCGGCCAGUUUUGACAAAUGGAAAGCGCCCUAAGUUUGACUUUGAAAUUAAAAAAUUCAUUUAACCAAUUUUGGUGACGUCAGCCCUUAUGACGUCAUAAUUUGACAUUUUGUGUCAACCAAAAAAAAAAUUACCUGGUCAACAAUCGAACUCUAUCUGGCACGACUGGUCAAGAAAUGAAAAGAAAUGUAAAAGUUACGUAAAUUUAGCCUAAAUGACCGAUUUGAGGGGUGGUUUGGCCCUAGCGUAAUUAAUGUUACGAUAUCAAGUUACAUUGUAGUUUUUUUCAUCAAAUUCGAUAGCUUUUUACUUAUAUUAAUUGAAAUUAUUUCGUGACUAGCCAGCGGUCACCAAUGAUGUUACAUAAUAUUGCCCAAAUAUAAAAUGGCGAAUCGUUUCCAGGCAGGAGUGAACUCAACAAAGUGACCAAAGUGUUCAUUGCUAUCCGUAGACAAAAAAGUCGAAAUUCUGACUAAAUCUGAAGGGAAGAAAUGCAAGAGUACACAAAAACAUAUUGGUCGAUGAAUGUCAUCUACUUUUUUGAGUAGUAUCUGCGACAAAAAACAUCUGUUUAUGUACUGAAGCCGUACGACGAACAGGCAAAUGUUUUGAAGAAAGUAUAGACGGAGAUAGGGUUGGUAAGAACUUAGAAAUAUUUUGAAUGAAUAACACAAGAAUUACCGUGAAUUUCCGAAAAUAAGCCCGGGGGCUUAUAUUUUUCAAAGACCCUUUUUGAGGGGCUUAUAUUUGGAGGGGCUUAUCUACAGAGGGGAAUUUGCGUUUCAAAAUCGAUUGGGCUAGCCUUAUAGUUGGCAGUAAAUUUACUUUGUAGUUGAGGGCAAUUCUCCAAGUACAAGCCCCCAGGGGGGGGGGGUUAUAUUUGGAGGGCGAUUUAACGGAGGUUUUUUGCGUUACCGGUUCGUGGGGCUUAUACUUGGAGGGGCUUAUACAUGGAGGGGCUUAUUUUCGGAAUUUUACGGUAUUGAACUUGGCUUUCGUAUGAUAUGAGAAAUUAUGCAGAUCUCGGCCUCGGUGGAUAAUUAAUAACACCCUCCUCGAUCUACAUAAUUCCUCGUAUACAGUCAACUCCCUCUAAGACGGCUUCUUUGGGACCAGCACUAAGUGUCCGUCUUAGAGAUAUGUCCGUCUUAUAGAGAGUCAAAUAAAGGGAGUAAAGAAAGGCAGGGACCAACCCUAGGCGUCCGUUGUAGGGAGGCGUCCGUCUUAUAGAGGUGUCCGUUAAGAGAGAGUCGACUGUAAUACUAAACCUAAUUCAAUAAUUGUUUAUUGUAAGAUAUUCAAUUGAAUUAUAUUAUCUGUAUACCGAUAUUUGUAAACUGCAUGAUAUCUGAUUCUAUUACUGCGCUACUUUCGUUGAUAUCUACAGUACAUUGCAAUGCAUGCAUAAUCAUUCAAUAGAAGCAAUUAGUUAUUGAUUAAAAGGUUAUUAGAGACGCAAUCUUUACGCAUGAAAUUAGUCACAACUCAUGUUUAUCCCCCACCCAAUGCAAUCUUCAAAAGCAGACGGUCUGUCAUUUCACUAGCUACAAGAUAUCUCAAGCAAAACUGUGUGUAUAACAAACUGAUUUUACUUUUUAGUGAACGAAGUAAUGUUCAAGUGCCGAGGCUUCGGCGCAGAUGACAUACCGUAUGAAAUACGCAUGGACGACAUCCAUUUAGACGAAACAAUGAUGGUAGAAUUUAGCCCCCGUUCCUGUGAGACUGUCAUCAAAAAUAGCUACCACACUGGAGAUCCAAGCGGCUUUAAAUGAGAUAGUAUAAAACGUCUACUAUUCGUAGUUCAACUUCUACACAUUUCUCACAGCUUGUAUUCCGUUAUACUGAAACAUAAGGAAAUAAAUAGCCCAUAUCUCAACAUGUGUUGGUCCUGGCAUACGCCCUAGUUCUUUCAUAAAGGUCAACUUUGCAGUUUGAUAUGCCCAAGAAAUUGCAGAGUACAAUUCCGCCUAGGGCAUUUCGGAGCUUGAAAACCCU